GUUUUUAUUGCUGCUUUUAUUUCUUAUAAUACAUGUUUUAUUGCAGUACGGUUUGAAUUCUAAAUACCUCCUCUUCUUUUUUUUGCAAGCCCUUGAAGAAGGAAGCUUGGGCAUAGCAUGAGGUUUGCACGAGGGUCAAAGCAUCCAGGGUCGCAGACAACUCAGUUCGACUCAAGAGUAGACCCAUUGGCAUUAAUGAACCUCAGUUAGUCCUGUCCGUUAACAUCAAUGGGUCCACUCUGGAGUAGGCCUAGCAUAGGCUACAACCCCAACUCAUGGAAGGGCUGGCUAACUUCACUCGGAGAGCUGUGAAGUUACUGCCAGUAUCAUGGCCGGCUCUAUCCACCAAAAGAGUGAGUGUCCUUCCGGUUUUCCGGGGCCCGCUCCCGUGGAGAGGGGCGACAGGCAAUCCCACGCGGUUGUGGAGAGCAAAGCGGGUGGGCGCGGGCACGUGGCCGAGGGCGGCGGCUGACCCUUCCCCGCUUCUCCCGCUCGCGGCUGCUGCUGCUGCUUCUUGGGCUUCUGCUGGGCGUGGGCCCCGCGCUCCGCUCCUGCCUUUCUCCUCUGCUGGCUCCCGGCAUUGAUCGACGCCCCACCCAGGGAGUCUUCAACUCUUGACGCCUGCGGGAGCCACUUCGGAUCCGCCGCUCGAGCCAGCUCCACCCCUUUGGGUUGACUCGCCGGCGCUGCGGGUUGGAGAGAGUUAGAGAGGGGAGGAGAAGCCGGGCAGCCCCUCGCUCCUCAGCCAGCCACGGGAGAGGGAGACACCAGCCGCAGGCAACGGACACCCCGUGGGGGACUGCGAGGAUCUGACCCCCAGAAUUUAGCCGGAUCUUACCCUCCAUCGGUACUGGCGGCGAGACUCCGGAGAGGCGCUUCCCCCUCCCCAGUACCCGGCUCGGAGCGCCCCCCUUCGACGGCAGCGGCGGCAAGGAAAGAGAGGGUCGUCCCGAGCUGGAGAAGCAGGUGAGUUUCGCUGCGUUUUCCCUUCCGCGCCGUCUGUGGUUGGAGAUGUGUCGCUAGACUAGAGCGCCCUUGCAACUUUGCAGGCGGGUUCGGGCUGAUCCGGGCCAAGCUGGAGCGAGGACUUUCCUGUGUUGUGACAUUAGAUUGCGCUUCGCGGAAGAUCUUCUCUGCAGCCCCGUAGUCCUCAUGGAGGAGAAGCUGAGGCGAGAAAGGCAGUUGUUCCCACAAGUUGCUUGCCAGGAAAUGUUUAGUUUGCGGGAAUCGUACUCACGCAGAGAGUGUGGACUGCACCUCAUUUGACCCUCUUUCUGCCCUUGGCAGGCAUCGCCAGGUCACAGCAGAAUCACUCCACACUCAGAUGAACUCUUUAAUGAUCAUCUCGAUGGCACAGGCAAAGGGGUGGUGAUAAAGGAUGCCCCCGUUUGGUUUUGGUAAGGUAGUGUAUGCAGAAGACUCUGACUCCUUAGAAGAGUCUAAGGAAUAUAUGAGACCCGGAAGAGAGUUCAGCUCUUGUAAAAUGAUUAUGAAUCUACACAGUUGUGAACUGGAAGAAAGGUUAAGGUCAUUCAUUGUCCUCGCCUUUACACCCAGACAAAACAUUUCCAACAUGUAAGGUUUGAAGGAGCUGGCAUUAAAACAAGGGCUCUUGAAUUUUGUAGCCCUGAAAGGGGGACAGUAGAAGGUACAACUAGAAAGCCAUACUCCCUGCAAAUUAAUGCAUUACUUCUGAAAGAGCAGUAGGGAUUUUUUUGGGUAUCCACUGUGGCCGAGAGGAAGAGGACCAGGUCUCCUCCUGCUGGUGACUCACCACCAGCCAUUGGCUGUCAUCACAUGGAAGAAAAGAUGGAAAAGGCAAAGUUGAACACUCUCUAUUCUCGUGCAAUCAGUCUCUGACUGCAGCUCUAAAUGUGCACUAAGUUCUUAGAAGCCUUUUUUUAGGAGAAUGACUGUAUAUUUCUGGAGUCAGCACUUCUCUCUGCAAAGCCACUGGAGCCAGCCUCAGUGGAAGGAGGCCAGACCCCUGCGGGAGAAGACGGGCAUAUUAUUUUGGGAAGGGGGUUUGGAGGGAUAUAGAAUUUGCUUCCUUCCUCUCCUUGUGUUAGCAUUAUAUUUAAUUUUCUGUAUCAUUAUAAACUCGGAAGACCUGGCAUUAGAAACUGAUGUGGCAUUGCUGGGUCAAAAUCAGUUACAGUUGUUAUUAUAGUAGCUUUCCUGGGUUAUAACUUUCAUAUGUGAUUGGUGCAUAGAGCUAUUGGGAAAAGACAGAUAUGUUGAGUCUGAGGGGUGUUUGAGUCGGGAUCCACCCUAUUCCUGCAAGUUGUUUGAACUUUUUAAAAUACUGAUUUUUUAAUUAUUGUAACCCACCCUGGGACCUCCUGGUGAAGGACUAGUAAUAAAUGUAAUAAUAAAUAUGUAAAUAAAUAAACAAACCAUCUAGUGCAACAUUCUUCUGAACCAGAUCUUCUUCAUAGAAACUUAGAAUUGUAGAAGUGGAAGGGACACCAAGGAUCAUCUAGUCCAACGCCCUGCAAUUCAGGAAUUUCAUCAAAUAGGAAAUUCAGAACAUCCUCAUGAGAUGGCUUGUCCGAGCCUUUGUAAUUGGUUCCAUUGUCAAAACUGCUCCCAAUGGUGCUCCUCUGGGGGCUGCUAGUGGGGGCGCAACACACACACCUUUUUUUUACCUGCUAUUUGUGCAAGUCUGGUCUAUCAGAAAACAUGUAUCUCGUUUUUUUUUAAUGGCUGCAUGCACAGGCAAACAAAUACCUGCGGUCAUGCACACAGCGGACUUCAGGUUUCUAGAAAUUAGGGAAUGUGAGGAAGUACUAAUUGAAGGGAUAGCAGCACACGGUGCAAAUAUAUCCCACCAAGCACUGCCCACUAGUGUGGAUGGGGAACAUUGAUUCAAUUGAAAAUGUGUGGGCAGAUAUGCACAAAUGCGCACAUGAAGAAUCAGAUCUGUCUGGCCUAUAUGCACUCUGGUGCAUACACAGCCUGAGAGCUCUUAAGUAUUUGAAGAGUGCUACCAUGACACACACACACACUGUCACCCCUCAGUCUUUUCUUCUCAAUGCUAAAUGUACCUGGUUCCUUCAACUUUUCCUUCUAGGACUUAUUUUUUCAUGCCACUGACUCUCUUCACUGCCCUCCUUUGAACCCUUUCCAGUUUGCCUAUACAGUAUUCUUCUUAGAAAUGGACACUGUACUCCAGGUGAGGUCUUAUUCUUGCAGGUGAGGUCCUACUAGUGCAGAAUGUAACAGAAAUAUUACAUCUUGUGACUUGUAUGCUAUAGCUCUGUUAAUGCAGUCACCUUAGUCUCUAUUUGCAACUACAUACAUGUUCAGCUCAUGGAAUCAGCUACAAUUCUGAGAUCUUUUUCAUAUAUGCUACUGCUGAGCCAAGGAUCUCCCAUCCAGUACCUCUGGAAUUGGGUUUAGGGUUGCUGUCGUUUCUGCCCAAAUGCAGAACAUCUCAUUUGUCUCUGUUGAUCUUUGCUUUGUUAGUUUUGGUUUCCUGUGUGUUUGGAUUUUUUAUUUUAUUUUCUGCGCAUUUUAAAUUUAUACCCUUAUGAAUUAAACAGCUAAAGGAUCUACUCAUGUUUAAUUUCAGCUAGUAUAAAAAGGCUAAGCAUGGGUUUAGGCUGCUUGCAUCAAGAUUUCUUCAUGCACUAGCAAACUCCAGUUCAGUCUCCUUAUGCCUAAUAUGGGCAAGUUCAUGGGGUCCACAGGGUGCUCCUUUAUAACGCAGAGCAUUGCAUAACAGAAGCUGAGUCGGUGCUGCAUAGUUUGUUCUGCUCCCAAGAUUUGCUGCAGGGCACCUCCUUUUUAUCUCUGGAGAGGAUGGAGGCGGGAGCAUUGCCUUACCAGCUGACUUGUGUUCUCCUUGUCACCCAGUCCAUGUACAGUAAUAAACUUUUAGAGGCUUCAAGCAGUUUCUCUGGCUUUGCUCCCUUCCCUGGCAGUAUCAUAGCAUCAAGUCUUUUAAAACAGCAGUGUGUAGAUUUCAAACUGAGUUGCAGAGAAAAUAAAUCUCUCUUCCCAUUAGUGAUGGUGAUUUGAAAAGAAGCAUCACUGAUAGAAAUGUAAGCCCUGGCACUAUAGGGCUGCUUCGCAUGGCAUGUUAAACAAAACCUUGGUUUAGCAGGACUAUUCAAGCUUGUGGGAUUUGGGGGAGGAACUCAUAGGUGCUUUGCUGCUCCCUGUGUUGAGCAGGGCUAAGAGGUGGGAAACUUGCAGCCGCCUAGAGGAUCUAGCUGGCCCAUGAGGCCAUUUUCCCCAAACCAUGUCCAUGUGUCCAUCAGAUUAUGUCACUGGGUGAUGUCAGCUGAUUGGUGGGGACAUGGCUCAAUUCUGCUGGAUGCUGCAGACCCCUGCAGCCAGCAGAAUUGAACCCUUCACUCACCAGCUGCUGGACGCUGCGUUUUGAGAGUGCUCCCUGAGAGGACUGCACUAGCAAAGCAGACUCUUGUUCCAUCCAUGCUGCUCGGGUGGGUGUCAUGAUGUCAUAUGAUUGACAGUUGGCCAGCAGGGGUGAUGGGAAUUAGAGAUCAGACCCACCAGGCCAAAAACAUUGUGGUUUAGCCACGAGGACCAGGAAAAUGCAAAACUGCAGCAAGCUGCUCUGCAGGAACCUAUAGGGUCUUGCUAAGCCAAGGUUUGGCUCACAGUGUCCUAUGAACCAGGGCAAUGCAGUGGUGAACCUCAGGGUUUCAAAUUUCAAUGCUGCCUUGUGUGGUGCCAAAAUUUGGCACCCUUGACCUCUUGCUUUCCAUUCUACAUCAUAGUUGUAGUGACCCCUGCUGACCCCCCCAAGGCUCCGCGCCCAGAGUGGCCAAACAGGUCGUGUUCCCCUAAAUUUGCCUUUGACCAUAACUUUGGAGGGGUCGUUCUGUUAUCAGCAUAAGAUCUGCCAAUUAGGACAUGUUGAAUUUGUCAGAAUGUUACUGGGAAUGAUACCAAAGUUCCGUCUUUCUACAGACCUCAGGAAUGUCACAGAAAGGUCCAAGGAAGGGCAAAUCACAGUAGUCUGAAAGCUGGAGUUGCUUAUGCAUGCAACUGUGUCUUAUUUUUGGUACAGAAGAGACAUGGCUGUAGUAGAUAUUUUGGCCUUCAGGGUUCAGAAAAUAUGUCAGCCUACCCUAUUCCAAGAACAUCUUCCAGUCAAAGUCUUGUAAAUAUGAAGAAAACAUAUUAUUCCUAGAAUGUUGCACUCUGUCUGUCUGUCUGUCUGAAAUAGUUGUACUGCUUAGCAGUCACAAUUCCCUUCUCUAGACCAGGGAUGGAGAAUCUGUGGUGCUAGUUCAGCAACAUCUGGUUUAGAGAAGGGAAUUCCAGCAACACCUGGAGAGUCCGAGGUUCCCCAUCCUUCUUUCAGAGGCAGUGAUAAACAGGGACAUAGACUGUGUCCAAAUUUUUUGCCAUCAUGAUAAAUAGAAUGCCUCUAGAGGGCAGUGAUGGAUGUCAGAAACAUGACUAAACAGCUGCCAAUAGGGGACAUGUCUGUUAUGGAUGUGUACAGCUAAGCCAGCAAAAGAGAUGGCCACCCUUGUUCUAGCUGCAGUAAAAGAAGAGGAAGAGAGGAACAUGUGUAGGAAGGGAGAAUUUGUAUGACAGGCCUGGACUUCACUGAAUUUCACAUCAAAUGCAACUGUCCCAACAUCUUCCAUUCUUGUUUAGGGAGUGCUGAACAAUGUAAGGAGAGAUUUGUACACUGCCAACAAUUGGCAACUUAGAGGCGUUUCUGCCAACUGAGUGUAUAUGAAUUUUGAUGAAUAAAGUAACAAAGAUAGCCAAGAAACAAAGAAAGCUACAUACAGGUUACUGGAGAAGAAGGGUGGAGCAUAAUUCCACAGAAUCAUAGAAUUGUAGGGUUGCAGGGUGCACCAAGAGUCAUCUAGUUUAACCCCCUGCAAUGCAAUGCAAGCUGGAUCCAUUGUCGGGACUGGCAGGGCUCUGGUGAGUGUGCGGCAGAGGUAAGGAGGCUGGAGGCUGACCCAGCAAAGGGCACCAGCAAUUUAUGGGGUUUUGUGCCACCCACAAGGCAGGAGCCAGGGCUGGAGGAACAGGAAGAGUCUGAGUAGUCAAGAGAUGGAGGAUGAGGCACAGGACAUGUUGGAAGCAGAAGCUGUUCAGGUGAGAGGCAAGAAGUAAAGUUACAGGAAACUAGGCAGAGGACCAUCUCAGUAGUGGCAAUCACCCUGUGGAACGCCCUCCCAUAAGAUGUCAAGGAGUUAACAACUAUGUGACUUUUAGAAGACCUGUGAAGGCAGCCCUAUAUAGAGAAGUUUUUAAUGUUUGAUGUUUUACUAUGGUUUUAUAGUUCGCUGGAAGCCUAGUCAGAUGGGCAGGGUAUUACUACUACUAAUAAUGAGUGGAAUGACACUGACUGUUAAGGCUAACACCAAUGUUUCUCAGGGGUCUUUUCCUUCCUGCUUACUUUCUUUCACCAGCAAAUGAAUUCAGUUCAAGUAGGGAAGUAAAUAUUAUUAGUUAUUUUCUCCUUCUGUAAAACCGAUUUGUUAUUGUCAGAGCCAUGCUAAAAUCAUCAAUAUUCUGUGUCAAGAGAACCCACAUUCUCUCCACUAAGAACAAGCAAAUUCUGCAAUCUAUAAAAAUUAGGCAGAUUUUUGCCUAUUUUAUAAAAGGGAGUGAAAUGAUGUCAUGUAUGACCUAGUUCAUGUUCUUGCAUUGGGGGGUGGACUUGAUGACGCUCAGGAUCCCUUCCAACUCUACAAUUCUAUGAUUCCAUAUGUCCUUACCCUAUACUACAAAUCAUUAGGCACUAUACAAGCUUAUUCAAAAGCAAACCCCACUUCAUUCAUGGGAGCUCUGUUCAGUAUGCUCUGGAUUGCAGCCUUAGCCACAGAUCUGGCUCAUGGUGUUUCCCCACAUACUGUAUUACUUUCAAGUUUUUAUCUGCAGCUCUGCAGAGCUGCUGCAAAGUGGCCAAGAGAAAUGGGCUGUGAAGUUCCUGGUUCAUUAGCAACUUACAGCCAGCUUGCGUGGCGAGUUCCCGCCCCCCACCAGGAUAAAUAAAGACACGAGACACCAUAGCUUAAGGUUAAAUGGGCGAAUUAGGCCACAACUUUAUUGAAUUCAGGAAUGAGAGGCAUUGGCUUAGGCAUUGGUCCUAACGACUAUCCGGCUCCAGCCCAUUUGCUGGAGACACGGGGAAGGGUUAACACUAUAUCGGGGGAGUCUCCUGCCAAGGCACGUCGACUAGGAGCUCCCCCGGGUCACCGCUCAGGGGCGUGUCUUUGGCCCACACCUCCAUAACGUGGGGGCUAGCCGGCGAAAAGAGGGCGAGCCCCCUCCGUGCUGGCCCUAAAUAGGGCAGACCCCCUGCUCUCGCGGGGGCUGAAACCAGCCCCCGCUCACGUGGGGGGUGGGCGUGAAGCCCGCAACCCCACCUCCUGGGCAGGCCGGAAGUGGCUUUGCUAACUUGCUUAUUCUGUUAAUGGAAAGAUGUGGAAUUGGGCACCUAAGAGGAACUUGCACCAAAUGGUGUAUGCAUAUUGAGCUCUGCAAUACGUUUGAUCUGAGCUGUGAUUCAUUGUGCCAAAUUUCCAAAUCAAACAGAGGAGUCUUGCAGUUUGGUCUCUACUGGGUUAAUGUUUUUGAGCACAUAAACAUGUUUUGCCUGCCCUCAUACUGUAAGGCAGAGGUGGGUUGACUUGUAUGGUUUAUGUUGUUGUUGUUGUUGUUGUUGUUUAAUUAGAAUUGCCAUGGUCCUCCAGUAUGUCUAAAGUUUACAAAGCAAUAUGGUGUCAUCAGGUGCUCUCAACUGCUGCAAAGGAGUCACUAAUUGUAACACCAAACCCCUUCUCCCUUGUUCCCUGCUGCGGCCACUAGCAUCCUUUGCAUACCUGCUUAUGCAUGUAAGUCCACCUAGCUUUUUUGCAAGAAUCCCAGCAGCCACUGAAGAAUGCCCAGUGAUCCUGCCAUUAUUUGCCCCAGUUAUAAGAAGCAUUCUAACUUGUCUUCCAGACUGAUAAUAGGAGUCUAUUGCUUUGGACUCUUCCCUGGAAUAAUUACGCAUGCCUUCCCAUUUCAAGGGCAGCUGCCUUUUGCAGCCCAAUGAAUAUGGGGAUUCUCACUACAAAGCAAAAAGAGGUGCCCCCUUGCCCAGCGGCACAGAGUGGCGUGCCCCCCCCCUUCUUGCUCUGCUUCUAUUUUGCUGCAGUGCAGUGACUUUAAUAUGUUCUAAUUAGGCAUCUGCUGGGAGGGAAGACUGGCUCCUCCAGCAAUCACUGCAACAAAGCCCUUCCCUGCUGGGGUGGUGAGAAUGCUCUGUUUGGAAAAGUUUUGGCUUUGGCUAGGACUGCAAGGAAUUCUUGCUCAUAAGAAAGACAUGGUUCACUUCCAGGCCCCAGAAAUCCAGUCUGGGCAAUCCUACCUGAGUGUGCAAGUCUUUGGAGAGCCCACUGCAUAUUCUCCAAGACAAUCUCCCCAACAAAGUUUCAGCAGGAGCUGCGGCCAGGUCCUUUUUUAAUGCAACCCCCAUCCCAGGUAAACCAUAGUACAACAAACAACUUUGUGAGGGGAUGGAGCUUUCUUUUUUUUCUUUUCUUUUUCACUUUCUCCUAUGCAACUUAACCAACUCCCUGGAAAGGGAGCUCUGUGCUCUCACCUGAUGUCUGAGCAGUGUUCACUAGCUGACCCACCAACCAUGGAGCAGUCACCAGAAAAUCGCCCUCCCUGCCUUACAGCUGGGCUCAAACGACAUCUCCGUAAUUGCUUUAGGAAUCUGGCAUCGCUUAAUUGCCAGAGAUGCAGGGGAAUAAUUGCAGAAGACAAAUGGGCUCAGAGGUGGCCAUGUCUUGAUGAAAAGAACAGGCUGGGGAAGAUUCAUUCAGGGAAAAUGUUAAAAAAGGAUUGAAGUAAAUAGAAAGACAUGGGAAAAAACGGGGAAGGGGCAGAAUUCACUCUCUUUGCUGGGAGCUUGGCUGGCAGCCUUGCUUUUCACACAGGGAGGAAAGCACUGUAGUUUUGCUUUUGGCUUUUACACAGUGGAUUACAUUAACCUUGGAGACAUCUGUGCAAUCCCAAUGACUGGGCUUGGCCUAAGAAGAGAGCUGAGCUGGACCUUGUCUAUAUAUUGUGCCCAAAUGUUGUGCUGAUGAGUCAUAGGUGCGAGUCAAAGACCUAACAGCAACAACACAUUUGCAACCUUUCAAUCAAUAACGGCCUAGAAAAGAUAUAGCCCAAGGAUGUGACCCUCCAGAUGUUGUUAGAUUACAACUCCCAUCAUGCUUCUGACCAGUGGCCAUGCUGGCUGGGGCCAGUGGGAGCUGGAAUCCAACAACAUCUGGAAGACCACUGGCUUACCACCCCUGAUGUAGCCAUUGCUUUCAGAGCAGUAAUUCAGAUACCAGCUACCAAGACUCUAGACAAGCAGCUUCCCUUGGCUUUGAUCAACUAGGAAACCCUGAUCAUCUACUGGGGGGCUCAGAGCAAGGCAGGGGGAAGAUAGGGCACUCUCUAUAGGUGUCCUGUUAACACUCAUAGGUCAGUAGCAGAGCACAUGCCUUGCACAUAGUAGGCUCACUGAUGUGAAAUUGUCAACCACCACAAAGCAGGAAAGAUCCCUGUCAAGACUCUGAGAGACUGGUUUCCAGACACAUCAGUAAUCAAGAGUUUGUGGUAUAUGUCUAGCUCCUAAUUGUACUGUUGACUCGGAACAACAGCAACUCUCCAGGGAUUCAGGCAGCCUCUUCUAGCCCUUCCUGGAGACACCAGGGGUUGAACCCGGGAUCUUCUGCAUGUAAAGAGGAUGCACUACCACUGAGCAUUGGCCCUUUCCCAAAGCACUUGGGGGCUUGAGCAAACCAAUUAUCUCCACCCCAACCCCAGUUUCCUUAACUGUUCCCCCCUUCAGCUGACACACCACCAUCUUUAUGAGAUGGAAGCUUACUUGUUCUGGUCACUUUGGUGGGUGGGGGUUUAAAUUUCAGUUACCUUUUAAUGUAAGGUAAGUCCUCCAAGUAUAUAGAAAGUACCGUCUCAGCUUGGGGUUGCCUCAUUUCUCUCCCAAUCUGGUGGGCCCUCAAUCACCAAAGUUUGCUCUUAGACAGGAUUAUGGCAUUACUGGACUAGACUGACCAUUGGUCUGACCAGGGGUGGUAUAAGAUCUCACCCAAAAAAAUUUCAUGUGCGUUCUUGACAAUUUGCACUCAUGAGGACAUCAGGGCAGUUAUACACGAUCACACUUUCAACACUGUUUGCAUGUGCAAUAGGUUUGGGACAGAUGUGCUGCUUCAUUUCCAAUCAGUGUAUGUCCUGUAACUUCCUGCUGAAAUCCUGUAACUUUCUAGACCACAAAUGUUAUUGGGUUGCUGUUGUUUUGUCCCACUCCUGUUGCGCUGUAGAGCAAGAGUGCCCUUCCAAAAAACCAAAACAUAUAAUAACUUGGGGGAAGCAUUGCAGAACAACAAAUAAUGUGAAAUGAUGUGCAGAUGGUUCAGCACAACCGCUAAAGCAAUUUUACUGCAUCCAUGUCAUGUUGCAGAAUAUACCCACAAAAGACAAACACCAGUCUAGAGGGAUGCUAGGUCUUAGGGAUUAGUUUAUUCUUGAAGGUGAAGACUGCAGGUGGCUCUCAGGAGUCAAGGGAGAACAGCCUUUUCUUGCUUCUUUAACAGCCAGCCGUUCCACCCAAAGUGCUGCCUCUGACCUUUGUAUGGCUGUGUCAAAGCAGUGUGUGAAAGAGGCCAGGAUAUUAAUUUCAUUUACUGGCUUCCUAUUGUUUGCUUUUCUCUUUGUCACUGUACGCUUCCCACCCAACCCUCCUCCCUACAUUUGGCAUUCUUUUCCUUGCUCUCUUGCACUCUUCUCUUCUUUUCUCCUUUUAAAGGCCUCUUAAUUUGUUUCUCUGCUUGCCUUCCUGCCUUAAAUGUUUCUCCGCUUUAUUUGUACACAUAGACGCACACAGGCGGAAAAUUCCAUUAACUUGUAACAGUGAUUUUCUGCUUUUCAAAGGAGCAGUGCUUCUUUAUGCAUAAUGUAUCAUCCAUGCACAUUAUGCCAUUCUGGGCCCUAGCCUGACCCCUAGACUCCUCCCAUGAAGCCCCAACACCAUCCAUAGCCCAAGGGAAGCCCAAGAAGUGCUGCUGGUCCCAGCACUGAUCAGAAAGAUCUUAGCAUUCAGGUGGGAACCUGACCAGGCCUGUCUCCAGAGACUGCCCUGGAAGAAACCUUGAGGUGGGUCUCCAACAACUGCAGCAGAAGAGCCACCUUCUGAGUCAGCAGGAGAGGCUGAAGUGCCUCCCAGAAAUCCCAGGCGCCUACCCAGAGAAGGAGAAUGUGUGCCUGAAAGCCCCAAAUAUUGGAACUACUUGUGAGUAAUGGUCUACCCUACUUGACAGUAAUCCCUUCUCUUCCUGGAGAGCAGGGUUAAGCACUUGCAGUUGGUCCUGGGUGGGGUCUAGGAGGCCAGACUGUGUAAGCCAGGCACCCCCAAACUUGGCCCUCCAGCAUGAUCCCUGACCACUGGUCCUGUUAGCGAGAGAUGAUGGGAGUUGUAGUCCCAAAACAGCUGGAGGGCCAAGUUUGGGGGUGCCUGGUGUAAACCCUUAGGUGACUGGCAUGUCUUUUGGUUCUCAGGUUCAUGAGGAGCACCAUGCUUGUUUCUGCUUGAGGGCCCUUGUGUGGAACAGUUAGGGGGCCAUAUGCCAGUGGCUGGUGAGGCUCGAAGCAAAACUGGGCAGUGAAAUGGAUAUGACUCUUACCUACUGUAAGGCUACAUUCUAGCUAUGCCAAAUUCUCUGGUUUCCCCACGCAGGCAUAGACUAUAUGUCUACUUACCUCCAUCCAGGUGGGCAAGAGGCGUUAUCACAGCCCAGGGGCAUCUUCCAACCACAUGAAAGCUCUUGCGGAGGGCUCAGAGCAGGACCCAUAGGGAGGGGCUGACCUAGGGAGGGGCAUGGUUUGGGGGAGAGAAUUCCAGGGCAUGCGUGACCACAUUUCGCUCCUGGGCCUGAGGUUCCCCAUCACUGAUGUUAUCUGUUCCGCUCUACCAUUGAAUGACCUCCUGUGCUGCUAACCUCUGGAUUUCUUCUUGAAGACCCUGUUUGCUGGAUUGCAUUUGCCUCCGGACUGCUUCAAUGUGCUUUGAGCCCAGCUACACCUGGGCUCUCCUUAUUGAAUUCCCUUUGAUCCUGACCUGUUCUGUUGUGUUUCUCACAUUAGUCUGCUGUUGACCUGUUUGUGGUUUACACCAGCCGAUGCCCCAAACUGUGUCCUGACCUGGUUGGAGCAGGACACCUUGUCAUCUCUGUUGUCUGGCAUUUCCCCCCAGUCAAGACUAGGAUUGUCAAGCUUCAGGGAGGGCUGUCUAAUUACCUGUGUUAGGUGUAGUUUAUUUUAAACCACUACGCUAAUAUUCUAUUUUGUGGGAUUCCUUUCUCCUGGAGGCUCACCAGAAUCCUAGACUGACCAAUUGUUAAAUUUUUGGAAGUAGUGUCAGAACUUGCUGCUUCAGGAAGUAUUUUGUGGCUAGCUUUAAGUGGGCAUCGGGUAAAUGUGUGGGUUUAAAGCAAACCUUUAGUUCUAUGUGUUGAGUAGCACAGGAAGCUGGCAGCAGGGGCGGCAACAGCAUUUCUUUGUUUACACUAUUUAAAUGCUAACCAAUAACGUAAGUUCUCUAGGCAGCUUCCCAUAACAAUUACAACAAGUAAGUAUUAAACAAGAUUAUAAAUGCAUGAAAAAGAAAACAUCGGGAAAUCAAAUCAGUGCAACAAAGCUCAGAGCAUACUAAAAUGUCACAAAUCUUUUAGACGCCAAGAAUAUCCCAAACAUUCUAUUUUGUCAUGUACGAUCUAGUUGAGAUUUCUGCACUGCUGGGGGUUGAACUAGAUGACCCUUGGGGUCCCUUCCAACUCUACAAUUCUAUGACCUAAAAACCCCUAAAAGGUUUUAAGAUUGGAAAACCUAGGAAAUAUUGUUAAAGUCUUUGCCUGGUACUAAAAGGACCAUAAUAUACAUAGGUGCCAGGCAAGCCUCUCUAGGGAGGGCAUUCCACAGUGGGUGUGCCACCACUGAAAAGGUGCUAUCCUUUGUACCUGCCAAACCUCAUUUGGUGGGUGCUGCUGAAGAAGAGUCGCAGAUGAUCUCAAAGUCCAGGCAGGUCUAGAUUGGAGGAGAUGAUCCUUCAGGUAACGCGGCUAGUUGAAGGCCAUUUUAGAAUCCCACUUUCUUGCUUUUAUAUACAGUGGUACCUUGGGUUAAGAACUUAAUUCGUUCUGGAGGUCCGUUCUUAACCUGAAACUGUUCUUAACCUGAGGUACCACUUUAGCUAAUGGGGCCUCCCGCUGCUGCCACGCUGCCACCACCGCACAAUUUCUGUUCUCAUCCUGAAGCAAAGUUCUUAACCCAAGGUACUAUUUCUGGGUUAGCGGAGUCUGUAACCUGAGGUGUCAGUAACCCGAGGUACCACUGUACUAGGCUACCAAGCUUUCUUCACCAUGGACCACUUGAAAACUGCUGAAGGUCUUGAUAGAUUUUUCUGCCUGUUGUAGCAAUUGUAAUGCCUUGUGCUAGGUGCUGUAUGAUUUUUAACUGUAUUUUUACAGACAAGUUGCAGACCACCUGAACAAAUCUUGCAGACCACUUGUGGUCCAUGGACCACAGUUCAGAAACCUCUGCACUAGGCAAAACUGAGGCUGUCUAUCGCAAAACCCUCCUCUCGGCUUUACAUCAUAGUUGAAUUAUCCCUAACCAUGUUAGACGUAUAUUGAACUGCACAUUAUACUUGUAUUAUUCUGUAACUACCACACAUUAGCAUGAUAUUUAAUUCCUGCAGUCAGCUCAGCCAUUCCAAAAGUAUUUAUGAAAACAUUCCUCUUCCCAACCCACGCAUUGCAUUACAGGACUAUCCACUUCUGUGACAGUGACAAUGCAGAGCAACUGAAUCUGCAUAAUCUCUUAAUAUUCUCAGAUCAGAAACAGUUGCUGCAAAGGGAUAUACUAGAUACAGAAUAAGCCACAGAAUCAUCUCCCAGUGAGGCUUAUUUGUCCCAGUCUAUUGAUAUGCAGAAUGCAUGGAGCUGCCAAGGUCUUGCAAAUGGAGAUGUUGGAGGUGGAUGGGUGAGGGGUCUGUGCUAAGCAUUGCCUUUUGGUAUCUGCUAGAGAGGGAAAGGAGAUCCUUACAGGCCGCUGAUCAGUCCAUCUGUACAGUGAGAAGUAGGUGGCAGGAAUGCCGGUCUUGUGGUGUGCCUUUAGAUUGCAGCUCUGAAACAAUUUGUUCCAGCACUGGACCUACAAUAGCCUCAGAGUUUAAUAGAGCUUUUCCCAGCUCAGAACACAGACAGCUCUAGUGCACAUAAAAUCACAGGAAGAAAUGACAGACAUAAGUGCAAUGAAGAGCUGGUACAGGUUCAGAGAGCUUCCCUCUGCAGAUGGAGCAAAUAUGGAGGGGCUGAAGAAGGUGUGGCGUCCAAAGUCAGUCACUGAUGAAACCCUUCAGCAGUACAUACACACACAUAGGAUAUAUUGACGUGCCCCCAUAGGAAGCCACCUAACAUCAGCUCAGGCUAUUUGUUCAUCUAGCUCAGUAUUGUCAGCUCUGAUAAGAAGCAGCUAUCUAAAGCCUCAGACUUUAGUCUUCCCUGAUCCCUUAAAAAAAAUAAAAUGUGGUGCCAGCAGUUGAACCUGUGAUCCAUGAAGAACAUGGGUGCUCCAUCACUAUAGUCUCUCCCAGGAGGUGGAAUAAGGAACAACAACAGCAGAAUGUUUUCUGCAGGCCCAAGGUAGGCUGCCUCUGAGGCUUCUGAACUUCAGAAGGAAAGCAUUAAUGACCAUUAUGGCUCUGCUCUGCCUUCAGCGUCAGUGGCAGUGAUGCUUCUGAAUACCAGAGCCUUGGGUCCUGCUUUCUGGUUUCCCACAGGCAUCUGGGUGGCCAAUGUGAGAACAGGAUGCUGGACUAGAUGGGCCAUUGACCAGGCUGCUGUAAUGUUCUUUGGUAUAUCUUGGUAGGAUGAAGAAGGAAUUAGGCAUUUGGGAAAACAAGACUGAAGUCAUGAUAGGAUGUGGAAGAGGAGUGUGCAUUGGUUUGUGUGUCUGGGGGGGAAGGACACUAGGCAGAUAGGAGCAAAAGGAGAGGACAUCUGUUUGAAAACUCUUAUGACUUGUAGCUUAUACACUUAGAAGGUUUCCUGCUUCUGUAAUGUCUAGCUAUAUUUGGGGGCAGAGUGAUUCCUCCUAAUACAUUAAGAUAGAUGUGGAGCAAUUGCAGUUUAUUUGUAUCUGGUUUUGUUUUCAUAUUUAUUUAUUUAGCUGUUUGCGUCCUGGUCUACCCCACCCCUAGCGAUGGUAAGGGAAGAGGUAUCCUGGGCUACCAGUUGCAAAGAGCAUCCCUGCUCAUCUCUAUUCUUCCUAUUUAAGAGCAACCUAAUCAAGAUUUUUAGCAUUAUUUUUUUCAUACUUUUUUUCCCAUAGAGUUGGAAGGAACCCUAGGGGCCAUCUAGUCCAACCCUCUGCAAUGCAAUCUGAUUAAUAGAAGGGAACCACACCAGUUUUUAACAUGCGAAAUGAAAGCAGCAUAAUUUUGUUUAAGGCAUAAAAUGCCCCAAGGGUUCUUCUGCUUCUGAGUUAGGAUGCCCUAUUUUGAUGGAUGAUGCAGUUGUAAUCAUCCAAGUUGCAUCUGCUUGAGGUGAGGCGAAAUGAAGGGAAAAGAUGGGGAGAUGCACCAAAGUUAGCCUCAAAUGUGAAUAACAGCCCCUGAGAUACUUUGACCUUGGUUGUCAUGCCAACAGAUAGCUCUUCUUCGCUGAAAAGCCAUAUUCACCCUUAGGGAUGGGUGGAGAGUUGAGUAGGUUUUUUGUCUGGGUUUAUGAGCUGCUCAUCACAAUAGGUUGCCAGAGCCCUUUGUGUGAAGCUCAAAUGCUUGGGCAUCAAGUGUCUUGGAGGCCUUGAUGCCCUUCAGAGCAGCUUGCCCUGAAUAGUUUCUCCACCCCCUCUAAACUUUCAACUGGGGCAGAAUGUUAAUGGCCCAAUCCCUCCAGCUGGAAGCAGGUUAACAAAAGCAGCCAGUAACUUUUGCCUUCCCCAAAACUGAGAUACAGAUCCUGGUGGAGGGGGUAGGGGAGACUCCUUGGCCAAAGGAUUGGACAGUUCAUUGAUCCCAAAUAAAGACCCAAGCUGGGUCAAUUGCCCUCUUUGCAAUUGCAAAAAAGUUUAUUAUUUAGUAAGAAACGAAUAGGUGUCUGGUUGCUUAGAUUAUUGAUUGAUUGAUUGAUUGAUUGAUUGACUGACUGAAUUUAUAUACAGUUAGAUGCCGUUAAGUGGACAUUCAGACUGUCACAGUUUCAGCAGGAUUCAGUUACAUGUUGGAAAAUCCAGGCUGCACAAUUGCAAUUGAUUGGGAGAUCUUGCAUAACACAACUCAUUUCCUCUAAAGACCUGGUUUAUUUGUUUUUGUAGCAAUUGGGAAAUCUUGCACAACACAGCAUGUUUCCCCUAAAGACCCGGUUUAUUUGUUUUUGUAGCAAUAAAGAAAGUGACAGGGAAAUGCACUGGGAAGUGUGGGAUAACGCUUGCUUGAUGCAACAUCAUUUAACCUUGCAGCAAACUAAUCAGGAUGAAUGUUACAUAAACACGUCAUCUGGAAGUGCCCAUAAUCUCAUUUAUACGCCUGGGUGUCAUAGUUUGCUGGAAUAUGAGAUGUUGCUUCCUUUUGUUAGCAAAAACAAAUCAUAGUUGUUCAUAGCAUCUCCUUAUCUGAAUCAUACUCUUUUCCUCUCAGGACACAGUGGAAGCCCAACUGUCCUGUAGUUUUGCCUCACCCUUCUCUCCUCUCCCCGCACCCAGAGAAAAGCUGAAUGGAGCAUUUCAUUCUUCAUUCCUGCUUUGUCACCACAUCCACUGUUGUUUGGGAUGAGGAAUGGUUUUCCUGCUCCCUUCUCCCUUUCAUAUAGAAUCUGUACACAGAACCCUUUUAUGCAGUAUUGAUGGGACUGCAUGGGAUGCUGAGCUGGCUUUCAGAGGCCAUCAGGGGACAUCUAUGAACACAACGUUAAACGUCUGUAGAUUCUGAAAGUAAAAGAAAAAUCAAAGACAACAUGGCUGGUGCUAAGCAAAUGCACAACAGAUUCCCAAAGCCACAAGUAUGAGAUCACUUCUUUAUAUGGUGUGACUGUAUUACAGUAGAAGCUGCUCUUCCUAGUCCCCUGUUGCCAACCCUAAUGAGCUAUAAGGAAGACUUAAGGCUGCAGCCCUAAACAGGUCUACUCAGGAGUAAGUCCCGUUCAGUUCAAUGGGGCUUACCCCCAGGUAAGAGGGUUUAGGAUUUAGCACUUGUUGUUUAGUGUGCUGUAGCCAUUUAUUGGACCACACUUCCAAUCUCAUUAGUGUUUGACUGGAGGCUGUGACCCUGUACCCACUUAUCUUGGAGUAAACCACAUGGAACUCAAGAGAGACAUUCUUCAGAGUGGUGUCAUUCAUUAACCUCAAAGCAGGUGUAAUGCAGGUAUCAGUUUAGAAUGUAGGACCUAAAGGCCCAUUCACAUUUAUUUAUUUUUAAAUUUUGUAUACCGCCCUAUAGCUGUAGAUCUCAGGGCAGUUCACAACAUAAAAUUGCAAUAUAAAAAACACAAAAUACAUAAUAAAAAUAAGAACAAAAGGCCUGGUUGACUUUCAACCAGUCCAUGACGAGGGCAAGACAGUGGGCCAGCACAUCCACUGCCUCACCUGCAGAUGCAAAGGAGAAGUGAAGAUGUGUGCCAUCAGCAUAUUGCUGACAACAUACUGCACACCUCUUGAUAACCCCACCCAGCGGCUUCAUGUAGAUGUUAAACAUCAUAGAGGAUAAAAUUGAACCCCAAGGAACCCCACACUGAAGGCUCCACAGGGCCAAAGAACACUCCCCAAGCAACACCUUCUGGACCCCUCCAUCCAAGUAGGACCAGAACCACUGUAAAUGCUGCCACCCACCCUUAACUCGGACAUCCUCUCAGAGGAAUACCAUGGUUGAUGGUAUCAAAAGCCACUGAGAGGUCAAGGAGGACUAACAGGGGCACAUUUUCCCUGUCUCUCUCCCGACAAGAGGUCAUCGUACAGGGCGACCAAAGCAGUUUCUGGGCCAAAACUGGGCCAAAACCCUGACUGAAAUGCCCCUAGAAAAUCCGUUUCCCCCAAGAGCGCCUGGAUCUGGUCCAUGAUCACCUACUCAAGAACCUUGCCCAGCAAAGGGAGAUUAGCAGCUGGCUGAUAAUUACUUAGAUUUUCGGAAUCCAUUCAGUUUUCCAAACCAUUUGCACAUGAAUCCUCUCACCAGAUUAUUAUAGGAGUAGAGCAUUAUGCAUCCCAUGUGAUCAGCACCUCUGCAAUCCUGUGAAUGACAAGGUUAUGAAAUCCAGGUUUCUCUUCACAGCAAAUGACCAAUCUCGCUUUCCAGUGGCAUAUUCACAUAUGUUAUCUUGGUGUGGGAAACAUCUUAUAACAAGGAAACAUAUUGUGUUUUAUAGGCACUGGGUGCCUUCUUAGAUCAGUGCAGCACUAAGCACAAAUUGCCGGGGGAGGCAGUUUAACGUUGCUGUUGUUGUUUUUGCUAGGAAACUCUGAUAAAGUGAAUCAUAGUCCAGGGAAGCUUAUACUGUAAUACAUUUGAUAGGCUUUAAGGUACCACAAGAUUCUGUUUUGUUUUGAAGUCAAGGACAUCUUACUGCUAUCCACUAGGAAAAGUAGUUCCCUACAUUCUUAUCACUGCUUUGACCAUUUGAUGGAGUGCCCAAACAGGGAAAUAGUAUUCUGUACCGAGAUCUAAGUAGGACGCCAUCUCUCUUCUAUUGAUGACCCUGACCCUGAGCCACUGACAGUGUUCACACAUUCAGUGCCAGCCCUGAGUUACUGUCUGUAAAAUCCUGGUGCUGUUCAUGUCAUGGCCACAUUGAUGAAUUAACUAAUCAAUAAACCACUCACAUACCAAAAUGGCCUUUAAGCGGUUUCUUAGCAGCCGUUUUGGCAUUCAUAUCCUUGUAUAAGUCAUUGAUUCGCCACCAAAAUAUGACAUGUAGUUCUGUACUUAAUGGUACCAAGAAGUACAGAUCUGAAACCAGAAGGUCAGAAGUGCAUCUUGAAAAUUAUGAUUAGAAGGGGCAUACCAGGGCUUUGGGCUGAGAGUUGCAUAAAGUAGCUAAAUAAAAUACAGAAAAAUACGUUUUGCCAGCAGUUGUGGAAGUCCUCCCUCCCCCCCCCCCCCAGUUUUAUACCCAUAGCAAUCCUGUGAGGUAGAUUAAGCGUAGAGAUAAUAACUGGCCCAAGGUUAUCCAGUAGCACCAUGGCUGAGUGGGGAUUAGAACCCAGGCCUCCAGGGCCACAGUCUAGCCUUCCAACCACUGUGCUACAGUGGCCUGCACCAUGGUGGAGAACUUUGGCUGCAUUUCUGGAUGUGACCUGACAAGCAGAAAGCCAGCAGGUGGGUCUGGGUGGAGAUCAGUGCUGUUUAGAUGGGUCUUUCCCUUUCCAAGGCAGACUGAGGAUUUCCCCCGCUCCUCCUUCUCCCACUUAUGCUGCAGGGGCUUGGGGGGGGGGCUGCUGUUGUAACCCGAUCUGGCAGACAAUCUCACUCUUGCUUCUCCGCCUUUCAGCUGCCAGAGGUUCAGAGUCCACCGCCUGCAGAGGAGAAGAGGCAGCUGCUGCUAUGAUCCAGGCACUGGUGCUCCUGUUGCUGGCUGGAAAUGGAGCCUCGGCUACCAGCACCAAUCCGCGUCUGAAGCUCUCCUUUCAUAGUAAGGCGGACAUCAAACCAACAGAGAGGAUGGAUGAGAAGUGUGUGUGUGUGUGUGUGUGUGUGCGCGCGCGCACGUGUAACAUUUUCAGAGGAAGUGUGAACCAGGAAUGGGUGUUACAGGGGAUCUCUAGGGUUUUGAAUGGGCAGUCCUCCAUAGGUGAUGGGGCCAUCAAUAGGAUGUUAUGGACAAUGUAUUUCCAUAGAGCAAAUCUCAGAAAGACAGGUUUUGAGGUAGUAAGCAGAGAAGCAGAGUUUAUGUUUGUGGAGGGAAGGGGUUGAUGUGACAGCUAUAUAUAUGUUAUAUUCUGAGCGUUUCCUUCUUAUGAUGCCCACCUUGCCACUCCUUCAGGGCUCUACCUGCCUCCUAUAACAUAACAAGUGAUAUUUACAGAGACACACAAGGUCAUGGAGAGCUGUGUAUUAUUAUCCUGAUGUUCCAAAUUGUAGCUGGUGCACUCAGUGUCCAGCCCGUACUAGGAGUAAGGAAGUGUGGGGCAUUUAGAAAGGCACACUCUGUUGCUGUCAAAUCAGGAAGAGUUCUGUUCUUUUAAUAGUGAGAAGAAAAUGGAUCCUCCUCCUCCUCUUCUUCUUCAUCUUCCUCUUCACAUUCAUGCGUAGCUAGAGACUGUUUCCUUAAGUUUGCAACACUGCCUCAGAUUCAUGUGCUGGUGUCAUUGAGGUCUGCCUCUGAUCCCAUAUGUUGUGGGGAUAUGUUUCUUUCAAGUUUAGGAAAGAGAUGCAUAAGGACUGGCUAAUUAUGAACACUUGGGGGGAGGGAAGCCAAAAUAGAACAUUUGUUCAUGUCUAUAUAACACCACAAAUUAAGUGGCCGUGCUAGUACUUUACAAGUUUUAAAUGACCAGAAAGAAUCUGAUAAAUAUUUGAUAAUGGUCAACAGUACAAGUACAUUUUUUAAAAUAAAGAACUAGACCGAUUAUUGGCUAACAAACAUAUUAAAAGGCUGUUAACCAAAAUACUCAGAUUGUAUAGCUUAGGAAUGGACUAUUUCUCUGUGUGUUUUCAUCUAGAAUCCCUGUGAUGCACCAAUGGAUUUUAAUAUAUGAAGUAAGACAGCAUGAUCAGGAUUUCUUAACAUUAAGGCAUAUAAAUUAAACUUUAAGCAAUCCUGAGCAUGUACUCUUGCUUAAAAACAUAUAGAGCCCCUAGCUGAAUGAAACAGGCUUUUUAUUAUGUAUUUUAAUUAGUGAAGGUUUAAUGCUCUGAUGGAAUUGUUAUGGCAUAUUUUAAUUUCAUGUGUGGAUUUUCUAUAGUUGCAAACCGCUUAGAAGCCAUUUGGACAUAUAUAUGGUAUACAAAUUAAUAAUAUUACUGUAUUUUUCUGUGUGUAACACGACUCCAUGUAUAAGACAACAUUUCCCUUCUACUGCCGCAGCACCAGCCCUUGCUUACUUAGCAUAUUAACCCAUGUAUAAGACGACCCUCAAUUUAUCACAAAAAAAUUCAGAAAAAAAUGUCAUCUUAUACAUGGAAAAAUAUGGUAAUAAUAAUAGGUCAGCAGUCUUUGCAAGAAUCGCAACAAGCAGCAAAAACUACUAGAUAGUCAACAGCAAAAUGGACUUGCAGCCUAUUGGUGGAAGACAAAGUCCAACUUCCGCCACACACUCGUGCACACAGCUGUGGCCCUCAGAGUCUUUUCCAACUAUACAAUUCUCUGAUUCUGUGAAACAUGCCCCAUUCAUUAGUCUGCUGGAAGUGAUGAGCAGGGACUAAAAUAUCCUGUUAGUGUUUGAGAAUGCUUCUUUUCAAGUAACUGGAAGUGUUUUAGCUAUUAGAUAGUCCGUUAGUAUGAUAAAUAGACUCUGUACUUAUGUGAAAUAAGAUACAAAAGCAUCUCUCGCUAAGAGGGGAAGAAAUUCUCUCAUGCACUCAGAGAUGGUAUCAUAGAACGUUGCCCUGGAAUGGACCACAGAAAGUUGUCUAAUUCAUUUGCUUGAUUUUUAAGGAAAAGCAGAUCCGACAAAUUGUGUCACUCAUUGUUGAAACAUCUAGUAAUGAGGUUGUAUAAUCAUCAUACCUUUGCUAGUUUCUGGGCCUACGCCGCAUGCUUCACAGGUUUUCUUCAAUAAAGCAUUAGAUUCCUAGGAUGUAGCAGAUGUCAUGGACACUGGGUACAUUUUAUUCUGGUGAUGAAUGGAUUCUACCGAAGUGUUAUCCUUUGGUAGGGUUCUUUUUGGCACCCCCUUUUACAAUGACAAAGCAGCGCUAAUGCAUUAAGAGCCAGACUAGACUAGUAUCAGAUUUUUCUACCACUGAUGGCAGCAGUGUUGGUGGGGCACUAGUCGGAGUUGCUAGCACAGGUGCAGUCUUUAGGGAAAUUUCCCCCAAAAUUUAUUCUCUUUCUCAAACACGGCCACGCUUUCUUAUCUUUUGGCAGCUGGCCAAACCUAAUGACAUGUUGGAACAUCUCAUCUUUUGAAUGAUUUCUAAAGUUGCUAGGCUGCAGCUUUAAUUGCCGAGUUACCCCUUAUGAAGUCAGUCCUUGAAUGCUCAUGGCCAAGUCCUUGCAACAGUGCGUCACAUGGAUUGUGAAGGAAAGGGAAGGCGUGUUCUGCUUGUGGGAAUAGAAGGGCACUGUGUUUGGCAGAGGUUGGGAACAUGUGGCCAUCUAGAAGUGGUUGGACUCCCAGUGCCCAUCAGCCCCAGCCAGCAUGACUAAUGAGCAAGGAUAAUGGGAGCCAUAGUGCAGCAAUAUAUAAGGGGCCACACAUUUCACACCCCUAGUGUUUGUGGUACAGGGAAAAAAUGGAGAGCAGUUGGGUUGCUUUGAGGGAGUGAUAUGCAGGCACUCCUUUUGGAGCAUUCUGGAAGUGUUUGCUCUUACAGUGGUACCUCAGGUUAAGUACUUAAUUCGUUCUGGAGGUCCGUUCUUAACCUGAAACUGUUCUUAACCUGAAGCACCACUUUAGCUAAUGGGGCCUCCCGCUGCUGCCGUGCUGCCGGAGCACGAUUUCUGUUCUCAUCCUGAAGCAAAGUUCUUAACCCAAGGUACUAUUUCUGGGUUAGUGGAGUCUGUAACCUGGAGCGUAUGUAACCCAAGGUACCACUGUAUUCUUAUUACUAUUCUUAUUAAUGCUAUCCUCAUUUAUUUGUUGCUUUCCACACACAAAAAUCCUCAAAGCAACUUAUAGUUUCGUAACAUACACACAAAGCAUCAAUACAUUUACAAGGAAAGCAUCAAGAAAGGCAAUAAAAGCCAACUUUGAUCUAAAAACAAAGUCACUCAUGCAACAGUAUUAUAAAAAAGAUCAUUCCUACCCACCCAAUUAAAGAAUGUAAACAACGAACCAAAUGGAAAUCAUACUGCGGUAUGACCUCAAUGAAAAAACCAAAGGCCUUGGUAAAUGGGAGUUUCUGUGUAGGAAUGCCUAAAAACUGACAGCAAUGACACCAGGCUUUUUCCCCCCUGGGGAGGGCAGUUGACAAACAGGAGAGCAAACCAUGGUAAAACCCCAUUCUCACAUUACCACCAUCCUCAGAGGGGACACAUUAGUGAUUUUGGUGCAACCAAAACCAGGCAAAGCUCACCAGAUCUCCUUGAUCCCUCAGCCCCCAAGCAGCAGUAACUGCUGUCAUUGACCACUCACUGACCAGCACCAUUCACCUCUUAAACAGCAGUGGGGAACCUCCAGAUGACAGGGUUCAUUAGGCCCAGCCUGGGUCUUAAUCUUCCCCAAGAGACAGUUCCCUGCAAACUGUGUCCACCUGCCGUCGUAUGUGAUGCCCGGUGUGCGGCAGAUAAAUAUGCAGCUGCAAAGGAGCAAUUGGGAGCUUAAAGUGCACUUCUUAUUGUUCCUUGGCAAGUGGGGCGAACAGCAGUGACCCCCGCUGAUGAAUUCUGACAGGGACGGCCUUUGAAAUUGUCUCUUUGCAGGUGGUUUCGAUCCAAACAGUUCCUGCAACUGAACAAUUUCCACCCGCAGACCAGCUUUGUGAUGGUCUUUGUUGGAGUGCAGAGGGGAAAUGUCUAUUUUCAGGUGCAGUUUGAAUCCAAGUCACACCUGCAAAUGAACAAAGCGAAGGCUGGCUGUCAGCACCACAUAGACAAUUGUUGUUGACAGCAAGCCCCUUUGAUGUCAGAGGGGUGGCCCUGCCAAUUGUCCAAAUGGCCCAUGUGAGAUAGGAAGGUGAGGAUCCAGCCCACCAGCCAGAUAAACUUCCACACCCUCACCCUAAAAUAUCUAAAACUGGAGACUUAGCAUCAAAACAAUAUGAAAAUAACUAUGUGCUGCAGUUAAAAAUAUGCCAAACAGUGGAAAAGGCUAUUUCUGCUUCCCAGGCAGACAAGACAAAGUUCUUUUUAUUCCAUCCUCUUUGACAUCUUUAUUUUCAACCUAUUGUUUCAUAAAAAGCCUCUACUGAAUUUCCUAUGAGUGACAGAGAAAGCAAGCUGGCCAGCUUAUCAGUUCACCAGGGAUUAAUGUGAUUAAAAACCAAUUCUCAAGAAGGUGCUAGAUAAAGUGUUUCCUUGUCUCUCCCGGCCACACUCCUGCACUCCCUUUCCUCCUCUGUGUGCUCAUUCCCUUUCUCUGCAGACUAUGAGGAGGAGAGGUGAAAUGUAAACAUACAGGUAGAAGACACAGGUGUGUGGCUGGCUGCCUUGCUGGCUAGCCAGGUGCAGAGCCGUGUUUCUAUGCAAAGAGAAGCAGAUGUGUAGAUUUUGAAGGUCACAGUCAAUAAGCUCACUACAAUUUCGAUUUCACUUUAAAUGAUCAAUGCAGGGACAUGAGAAUGAAGCCUCCUUUCAAAGCAGGACCAACAAGAGGAAAAGUCCAGGGUAGCCUGAUUUUUCUCCUGUGAAGAAUGUGCUCAUUAGCUUUUUCUCUUACCAAACCCAGCACUUUGGUGUGGGCUCUGCGGCUUCAUUGCACACAUGGGACUCCUUGAUGGCAGAGACACUCCCAUUCAUGUCAGUGGAGGGACAUGCAACCCAUGGUUAUUGUUGUAAGAUUUUUUUAUCCAUCCUUCAGCAUAAGCCCCAGGGGAGGCUACAACAAUGUAAAAAUACAAUACAGUGGUACCUCAGGUUACAAACGCUUCAGGUUACAGACUCCGCGAACCCAGAAAUAGUACCUUGGGUUAAGAACUUUGCUUCAGGAUGAGAAGAGAAAUCGCGUGGCGGCAGCGGGAAGCCACAUUAGCUAAAGUGGUACCUAAGGUUAAGAACAGUUUCAGGUUAAGAACAGACCUCCAGAACGAAUUAAGUUCUUAACCCAAGGUACCACUGUAUUAAAAUCAGUCAAAACAAGCUACAAUCAAAAGAGCGUGUCGUUUUUUGCCGUAAGCCUGCAUGCGAAGUCGGUGGCUGCCACUGUUCAUUCAAAUAUUUUGCAAAGGGGUGCCAUAUUUUGAUGUGAUAACUUUGUCCACGUCUGAUGCGCUAUUCAGGGCAUGCACCCUUAUUGUCAUUUUUUCAGAUAAAGCCAUACAUUGUGUUGCCAUUGUGAGAUAUGUAGGUGUUCAAGUCUUUUCCAGUUCUGUGCUCUGAGUAGUCGUUGUUUACAUACCCUCCAACAUUUAUCUGAUGAAAACAGGGGCAUCCUGUUCUAUUAUUAUUAUUAUUAUUAUUAUUAUUAUUAUAUUAUACCCCAUCAGACUGGGUUACCCCAGGCACUCUGAGCAGCUUCCAAAUUAUAUAGAAACUAAAUAAAACACUGAACAUUAAUAACUUCCCUAUUCAGAGCUGCCUUCAGAUGUCUUCCAAAGGCUGUAUAGUUACUUAUCUCCUUGGCUCGGGAGGGUCACAUAACUCCAUACCCUCCAACAUUUCUCUGAUGAAAUAGAGACAUCCUAAGGAAAAGUGGGGCAUUCUGGAAUCAAAUCAGAAACGGGGAUGGCUCCUGUAAAUCUGGGACUGUCCCUGGAAAAUAGGGGCACUUGGAGGUUCUGUGAUUAAAGCAGAUAGGCCAGGAAGGGACAUGCAGGACUAGAACUAGGUAAGGGGAAGCAGUUGUGCUAAGCCAGGCCAGCUCAGGUUUUUCCAUGCCCAUCUGUGGCCCAGCCAGAGGUCAAUACCAAGCCACAGAGGAGGGAGAUGGCAUGGAGAGGAGGCCAUGUUGCUUGUCUGGUGCUGCUGGACUAGAAGAAUAUGUAUAUCUCAAGCAGACUCAAGCCAAGGAACAUGGAGUGGGGGGGUUGGGUGGGGUUGCAGAUCAGGCCGUGACCUCCCUCUGGACCCUGCGCACCCUGUGCACCCGACAUGGGCAGCAGCUCAUUAGCGAGUGGAUUGCUCCCCUGCCAGCCACUUUCUUCCCCUUCUCCACAAUGGCUUAUUUGUUCCUGCUGCCGAAAGCAGAUUAGGCUCUCUGCAGAGAGAAAGGGCCCUUUCUCUGCGCAGAUGCCUGUUGUGCUGGGAGAUUAACGUCACGCUGUUGUUGAGGCUGCUAACCUGUUAAAGCUGGUGGAACAGAUCAGGGAGCGGGCUUGAAAGGUGGGUGUAAGAGGACACAGGCCACAGACGGGGUGCGGGGUGGGGGUAGGGUGGGAAGACGAAAUCGGCAGAAGCCCCCCGACCACCACCCAGCCUACUCCCCGCUCACUGCUUGAAUGGUAUGCAGCCAGAGUAGGUUCGUCAGAAACUUGAGGCUUGGGAAUGUCUACAGGACACCACCUGCAUUUCCAGACGUCAGCAGCAUCUACUGGAGCACUGGGGCUGCAGAUCUGCAUUUUCAAAUCUGUUCACCACCACCUAGUACAGUGGUACCUUGGUUGUCAAACUUAAUCUGUUCUGGGAGUCUGUUUGACUCCUGGAACCGUUCGAAAACCAAGGCACAGCUUCCUACUGGCUGCACAUCUUUAUCUGUGUGAUAAGGGUGAAGGUCCAUUAUCAUGUCUCUGUUAAUAAUAGCUCCAUGUUGUUGCUUGGCCACAAAGUUCAAGGGAUAAAUGAUGGUUAUCAUUUCCUCCAAAAUAUGCAGAAGUAAGAUGGGGCUUAAUUGUGAUUUACCCUAUACAGCUCUCUGGCAUCUAAGCAAUGGGUGUGGAAAUCUCCCACACAGACAAGAGUAAUUGGGACACUAGCAUAACUGACAGGAGACCAGUGUUCCAAGUCUUGGCUCUACAGAUGACCUUUAUGUGAUCUUGCCCAAGACAAGGCCCUCCCUCUAGGCCUCUGAGCUCUUCACACCUUUCUCUUUGUUCAGACUGAAAGUUUCUUGGAGUAGGAGAAGGACUCCCUUAUCUGGCUGCACACAUAUAGCAGGCUUUUAUGGGCUGCACAGUCAUAAUAACUAUGUCAUCACAUAAGCAGAACGGAUAUCCCAGUAUCCUUGACUAUCAGAGGCCUUCAGAUUACAAGGGAGUGUCAGGAAGAGGAUUUUAAGGAUGCCAUCUCUCAGAUAAACUCAGGCCAUAUCCACGCAUUGUAUUUAAAGCAGCAUUAUGCCACUUUAAACAGUCCCCAAAUAACUCUGGGAACUGCAGUUUGUUAAGGGUGCUGAGAAUUUUUAAAAAAAUAAAUUAAUUUAAUUUUCAGAUUUUUGAGUUUACAAACAAUUGUCAAACAACCAAAACAAAAAGAGAAUUCCAUAAAUUCCCAUGGACUUCCCUCCUCCCUUUUGUGGGUCCUUAUGUUAACUUCUUUCCUCCUGCAACUUCUCUGUUAAUCUAAUUCUAUUAAAUCUCCAGUACAACCGUUGUCAUAUCCCUUGUUAUGGUUGCUGAUAAUUGUUAGGAGACCCCUGUGAUUCCCAGAGUGGCUUAAGUCAAUCCUUCUUCCCAGGGAACUCUGGGAAUUGUAGCUUUGUGAGGGGAACAAGGGUCUCCUAACAACUCUCAGCACUCUCAACAAGCUACAGCUCCCAAUAUGGCAUUGGGGGAAGCCAUAACUGUUUUAAGCUGCAUAAACAUCCUCUGGAAUAGGGAAAUGGCCACGUUUAACAGAGUGCAGCUUUGUUUGUUUAUUUCAGCAUUUAUGCCUCUCCUUUCAACUCCUGAAUGCAGUUGUAACAAUAAAAACCAAUUUAAAAAGCAGAAAUUGUUUGCACUUCGCUUAGGUGCCUUAUGUUGUAUUCAAUUGACUCCAGCUGAUUCUCUCUAACUUUGCGAAUGCAGAUGGAGUUGUGCGUAACACGCAAGUGAUUGUGGUUCAUCUCCCUCCUUUUUCCUCUCCAGAUUUGCGACUGCGCCACGGACUGCGCACUUAUGAGCUGGAGCGCUCCUGCUGCUACGACUCGCUGCUGCUGGAUGAAGAGAGGGGACGGCUCUUCGUGGGUGGGAAAAACUACCUGGCUUCCCUGAGCCUAGACAACAUCAGCAAGCAGGACAAGAAGGUAGCCUGGUUCUGUUUGCCUGGGGCUUCCCACCAAAAAUAGGGCAAGGGUAUCUGGACAUGUCUUUUUCCCUCUCAGACUCGGACCUGUUAUUGUAAACCACCCCAGAAAUUCUGAACUGAAGGACAAUAUGGAAACUUUGGGUGGUGUUCCACCAAGCUUUACUCAGAAGUUAAUUAACCUACUAAGUUACAUUCAUUCAUUUCAAUAAGUAAAACUUAGCUGAAUACCACCCAUUUAAAAUAAAUGAUGACAUUGGGUUGUACCUUACACUGGUAUUAAUGGGCAGAAGAUAAUGAUGUCUAGUAUUUUCAAUGGAUCUGCUUUGAGUAGGACACCAAUAUUGGAUGCAAUCAAUAGAGUUAUUAUGUUCUCUCUUCAACUCCCUCCUCUGCUCCUCAGCCUUUAGUAGUGCCAUUUCCCCACUCGCUCGUCAUGACAACGGAUCCCGCAUUCCAGACUCCUCCGUGAAAUCUUCUAUAAUAAACUUCCCUGUUAAUGGAGUUGGAAAGAGGGUGGGUUGAGGCUGCUGACGCCCUUACCGCUGGGCUGUGGACGAAAGCCGCAUUCCUAGCCCAGCAGGGGAAACUCUUUGGGAGCACAAUACAGCCACCGCCAACCCUCUGCUCCUGGAGCAUUUGCACUUCUUUUGCCGGUAUGGCUGGAAGACGGGGCAUAAUUCACUGGCAGAGCACAUGCUUGGCAUGCAGAAGGCCCCGGGUUCAUUCCCUAGUAUCCACAGGCAACACUGGUUACCUGUCUUAACAUCCUAGAGAGCUGCUACUACCAGUUAGUGUAGAUGACUCAAUGGUCUGACUCAGAACAAGAUAGUUCCUGAUAUUCCUUAGUGACACAAAAUGGCUGUCUGCUCUGCUGUCUGUUUUCUUUGCACACAGUGAACUAACGGGUCUUGUGGGUCAGGUUUGGUUUCCUCAACAUGUACAAAGCUUCAUGGCAAAAGACUUACAGGCUGUCUUUCCCUUUACUACAGUGGUACCUUGGGUUAUGAACUUUAUUUGUUCUGGAGGUCCAUCCUUAACCCAAAACCGUUCUUAACCUGAGACACACUUUCGCUAAUAGGGCCUCCUGCUGCCACCAUGCCACUGGCGCACAAUUUCCGUUCUCAUCCUAGGGCAAAGUUUGCAACCCAAGGUACUACUUCCGGGUUAGCGGGGUUUGUAACCGGAAGCGUUUGUAACCUGAGGUACUACUGUACAGGGUAGUAUAGGGUAUAUGGGUGUGGCAUUGUUCCCAUUUGCAAGGAUCAUUGGAUCAAAGCUCAUGACAUGCUGUGGAAGCAAGCACUACUUCCAGCUAAACUCAGUAGAAUGAGGGCCAGAAUAGUGGAACACACAGAUCCAAGGAAUUCGGUUGCAGUGACUCCUGGCAUGCAAAGUAUCCCCCAGCUUAGCCCUGGAAUAUCAAUCUUGCAGUUCAUCACUUACAUGAACCUACCCAGGCCUUAAAAUCAGCCUCUAAGGCCCUGCCCACUGUGAAGAGCCAGCAGACUGGUAGGUACUAGAGACAUGGCCUUUUCAGUAGCGGUAUAAUAUCUUUGGGACUUUCUCCCAGAAGUACGCAGGACUCCAUUUUUUCUGUGUUUUGAGCAUAUUGUAAACACUUGCUUGUUUCAAACUACAUUAUAUUAAGAGAGUUUUAAGUGGCAUUUUAAAUUCCUUUAAACUGCUGGUGUUUUAGGGUAUACUUUUGUCACCAGAGGUCCCCCCCUUGCCCCCGAAUGGGACAUAGAAAAAUGUACAAAGCCAGAGGUGGGCCUUAUGGCUCCUGUUUAUUUAUUUGUUCUGUUUAUAUAUUCAAAAUCCUCAUACACCACCUUUCCAGGCAAAGACAACUUUAAAAAGAUAAUUAAAACCAUACAAUUUUAUUUUAUUUUAAAUCAAAACAAAACACUCUGGCGACAAAAGUAUACCCUAAAACAGCGGCAGUUUAAAGGAAUUUAAAAUGCCACUUAAAAGUCUCCUAAUAUAAUGUAGUUUGAACCAAGCAAAUGUUUACAAUAUGCUCAAAACACAGAAAAGAUGGAGGCCUGUGUCAAGUCUCAAAUACCAAGGAGACAGGUGAUGGACAGUGAGUAAAGGAAGCCAGGAGCAUUACAACUAAGGGUUGGUUAAAAACAAAACAAAAAAACUAUCAGCAUUUUUAGCAGCAUUUGACUAACUUCAAGUGUGAUGAAUGACUAUGCUAGGAGCCCAUUUCUUAAAAUACAAAAAUAUUUUGGCAAAUGAUCUUUGCCUUAUCUUUGUUCUCACAGAUUUACUGGCCAGCGCCUGUGGAAUGGAGGGAAGAAUGCAACUGGGCAGGAAAAGACAUCAAUGUAAGUGACCCAUUUGGAUGGGGAGGGAAAAUCCUUUGCUCAGCCCCUAUGUGAGUUGGGGCAUAAAACAAAGGAGGAUAAGGAGCAUCAGGAAACGCGAUGUGAGUUGCUUGCUUUCCAGAGCGAACAUUUCAAUUGACUCCUCAUCAAGCAGGGCAUGGAGACUUCUCUGAGUUGUCCGACCACGAUGAGCUGAGGCAAAACUGAUACGUGAUAGCAGCCUUCCCCUCCCAGUAAUUCACCCAUGACCCUUCAUUGCAUCUUGCUGUUUUCAUUGAGUAUCUUGCUGUUUUCUCUGUCUCUCCCUGGCCUCGCAGACAGCACCAUCAUGCCCCAGCCCUGGAUAGAGGCCCCAGGAGGCCUUGGGAGUCAUGUUGCUGGGAAGGGACCGGUUGGUGCACUUAAGAGAUUCCUGCUUAGCUGUGACCCAUCCUGACCUCCCAGGAGAUAAGAGGAGGGUUCCCACCAUUUUGGCAGGAGCAGAGAUGAACCAGGACACAGCCAGAUUUUGCUCCUUGAUAACGUUGGGCCAGCAGCAUGAAGGGGUCUCGGUCACCUUGGCUAUAAUUCUUACAGGUUGUCCAUGGAAGGAGCGGUGCUGUGUCAAGCCUAGCAAUGUGAGCUUUGUGAGCUGUUGGGUUUAUCUCCCCUAACUUUGGAGAGCAGUCUUGGGUCACCGUUUUCUUUCAGGAUUGCCUGGUCAACUUGGAAGUUCCCAUUGAGGCUGUUUGGCGCAGCUUCCAGUGAAGGGCACGAGAGGACAAAGGGGCAGCCUGUCUCCCCCUUGGAUUUUGCCAGUCUCUGUUUAGAAUACUGCUCUAAGCCCUGAAACAGCAUAUGUAAGCAAAGUUUGCCCUCGCCCAAGAAGGUUGAAAGAGAGGUAGGGUUUGUGGGCUUUAGGACUAAGACCUUGGGCACAUCCAGCUGACUGUAAUUUUGGAGACUCAUCCAGGCUUCCUUUUGUGCCAUGUUUCUGUGCUUUAAAGUUCCAUUACCAAGCAGGGUUUUUUUUUGGGGGGGGGGGUUGUCCUGGCACUUUCCCAGGGAAAACCUGUGUUUUUCUGCAGAAUUGGAUCAAACUGCAAUUAGGUUUCCCCACAGGUUGUCAUUUGGUAAAAUGGGGGUUUGCUUAGGGAAAGUGCUGGGACAAAAGAACAAAACAAAAACACUUGAACAUGGAGCUUUUUUAAGCGUGGCCCUGUGGCUGGAAAGUGGCACAGAAGAAAGGCUGGGUGAGCCCUGAGUGCGCUGUUUCAGUCCUUCAGAUCCUCACAGUUGAGGAUCCAUGCAAAUAUUUCAACAGCUGAUGGGGUUGAUGUGACAGUCAUAGGACCUGUGUCAUUCAUGCAACCGCCUUCUCCAUUCAUCACAUAGAUCCACAAGGGGAAGUGAGACGUGCCUCUGCUUCCGGUUAUGGGCUGUGGGAUAGGAAAGUUGCCAUCCUUAAGGGAACUCCGGCACUAUGCACUGUUAUGAAUUGCUGUUGGUACUUUGACCUGGUGCAGAAUGCCAUGAAAAAGUGUGAUGUGGUCAUGAUGACCUAAUUCCUGUGGUUAAUUAUUUGCGUGAUGGACAAUAGCCUAGUGUGGAAUCAGGCAAAAGUGUUCUAUGCAUGUGCAUACAGACACUGAAAGCAACUCUCUGAACAAGGCAAAGGAAGGAUUAGCAACAUCCUGAGUCAGACCAUUGGUCCCUCUAGCUGAGCUCGGUCUGCAGCAGGGGUAGGGAACCAGUGGUCCAUCAAGUAUUACUAGACUACAACCCCAUAAUCUCUGACUAUUGGCCAUGCUGGCUGAGUUGGAGUCCAGUAACACCUGUCUGACCACAGGUUAUCCACCGUUGGAUUGCAGGGACUGGCAGUGGCUGUCCAGGCUUUGAGAACAGGGCUAUAUCCCAGCUGAACCUACAUUACAGACCUUGAACUUGGGACCUUAUGCAUGCUAAACAUGUGGUCUCCCACUGAACGAUGGCCCUUAUUCAUCAUAGAGGAAAGAGGCCUAGAGAGAUGGCUCAUUUGCCAAAAGUGAAUGGAGCUAGGAGUUUUCAGCAACACGGCCACAGUCAGGAAGAUGUUGCAGUGGGGGAACCAGGACCAGUGCCUGUACAAGAGCUGCUCUGUGUCCCUUCACUCUUGUUUGAAGCAGAAGCAAUUUGUUGCAGAACCACUGUGGCUGAAGAGCGAGUGACAAUGCAGUAGCAGCACCACAGACGCAUCGGCAAAGCCAAGAGCUGAGCCCCCGAGGCUUAGUGCUAUAUUCAGCCACUCCUCCCCAGUUUUUGUUUCGGACACAAGCACCGCUGACCCUGUUGAAGAGGGGUGGGGAGAUCAGCACCUCUGUGCGCUACUGAGCGAGAGUGGGCUGUGGGGCUUCCUGAAAAGCAGCUGGUGGGAGGAGGAGAGGCACUGGCAAGACACCUCUCUCUCUCUCUCUCUCUCUCUCUCUCUCUCUCUCUCUCUCCAUCCCUCCCUCUCCCCACUCCUCUCUCUGAUGGUUCCCUGUCUCCUUUUCUCUCCCUGUCAACAGCUCUCCAUAUUCAGGCUGCUUUAUCCAUCAGGGCAAAAGGGCAGGAAAACAAAAAGUCCCAAGGUUGUUUUUCUUCCUGGGCUUGCUCAAGAGUGAUGAUAGGGGCUGUAAGAGCCCCAGGCCUGUUUACUCAAGACCAGCCCAGCAGUGGGUGGGUAGGAUGCUCUGCAAAUGGUUUAGACCCCAAGGACUGCUUUGGAGAUGACAUUUGUGUGCAUGUGUUUGUAAGAGGGGAAGAGAGGGAAAGGGAGACUUUGAGCAUUCCCAACCCCCAUCACAACUAAUAAAUCCUCAAAGUACCAAACCCAGCACUUCCAGCUACUCUUAUAUGCUGGCAGAUUUGCAGGCUUUCAAUCGUGUGAAUAUCACACGCACGAUUGUGCCCUUUAGCAGAGUAUGUGCCUAACCAGUGGCAGUCUCGUAUUAAAUGAAUCAGAUGCAAAGUGUGGGAAGACCCAACCCAAUUUUUUCUCUCUCUCUCCAUUUUAAAAGGAGCAGCAUAUUCUAAGCAGAGAGCAAAUCUGACAGGGGGAGGCAUCUUCAGAGAAUGGGAGUAAAUAAUGGGAGACACCCCCUUUUGUUGUGCAAAUCAUUUUAGAGGCAGAGCAAUUAUCACCAGAGUGCACAAAAAAAUCCCCAUAUAUAUUGAGCUGUGAUAAUGAGCAUGUGUAAGAAUAGACUUGGUCCGGUGCGCAGGCUUCAGAGAAGAAGCUUGCUGGCUUUAAUGGGACUGGGAAAGGGUCCAGGGCUUAUUGGAGCUUGGCUGUCUUUAUGGUUGGAAGUUCAUUUAAAUUCAGUGCUAAGGAUUGACGUUCGCAGGCUAGGUUAAGCAUUAACGGAGCAUAAGCUGCGAGAUCACAUUCUUGCCUUUCCAUCUAAGUAGGAGUUAAGCGGGGAAAGCAGAGCAGGUGCUAAGAGGAAGGCAACACUAUGGACUCACCCACAUUUACCUUUUGCCCCACAGUUUCUAGGCUUUAAAGCGCCAUGUCUAAGUCCUUUGGGCACUUUCCCCCAUGAAAACCUUCACUUUAACGCUGAGUCAGAACAAAUGGCAAUUUCCCAUUUGCUCCAACUCGGUGAUAACUCAGUGGAUUUUCGUGGAGACAGCACCAGGACAAAAAAAAAAGUACUAGGUCACGGCGCUUUAAAGCAUUGAUUUCUACCUAGAAACAGAGCACAAAAGGAAGUUUGGAUGAGCCCUAAGAGAGAGCGGGGCGGCGGGGUUGAAGGACACAGGGUGUGUUCGCACCACAAAGCACAUGGCAUUCACCUAAGAAUCUCAGGAACAGUAGUUUGUUGAUGGUGCUGGGAAAUGUAGCCCAGUAAGGAGGAAGCGACAAUUCCCAGAGGAAGUAAUGUGCUUUCAGUGUGUCCUUUUCUACCACAGUGGUUUCAAAGUCACUCUCUGUCAGUGGCUGGCUUUUGCUCAAGAACCAGUUUUCUUCCAAGUUAAACCCCUGGUCCUUCUUUCUAAGCAUCGUCUGCAGCGAGUGGCAGCAGCGAGUCAGCAUUUCAGGAUUGUGCCUGGUGCCAUGGGAUUGCAAAGCAUGUGAUCUGGUGCUGAGCUACCAGCCGAACUUGCAACCUGACCCAAUUCAUGCUGAAUUCAUGGCGUUGAGAGUCCGCUGCUGCUUCCCAACCCUCUCCUUGUAUGCCCAUUGCAUGCCACAAGGGCCGUUUGCCACAUUAUUGCUCCCUAGGACUCGUCAUCUCUGUGACAGAUGGCUUGAAGAAGAUGGGCAGACACUCAGUGGCACAUGUCCAGCCUCUGGAAGAGCAGUUGGGGAAGCAGAGAACAUCUGGGAACAUCUGGCCCGUGACUGAUGCAUUGAUCCAUCCGUGUUGCAUCUGGCUCAUUUCCCUUAACCAUUAGCUGCACAGCUGGACAGCCCAAAGGGGGUAAGGGAGGCCAAACCCUUUCUAUAGAUCAAGUAUUAUUCUGAAGUUUCAGUUUUCCUUGGCCCAAAUAAGAAAACAAGCUCUCAGAUGUUGUCUUCCCCAGGGGGAAAGGCAUGCACCUGGACAGCUUUUCCAGAUGGGGAGGUUUUGACUAUAGAAAAGGCACAAGUGCAAGGUGGCACACUGAUGCCACCAUUUGCGGCUGCAGACUGCUAGAUUUCUAUAGAAGGGCCGUAGCUCAGGGCUAAAGCAUCUGCCUUGCAACCAGAAGACCCCAGGUUCAACCCAGGCAUCUCCAGGUAGGGUCGGGAGAGACACCUGCCUGAAAUCCUGGAGAGCCACUUCCAAUCAGUGUAGGCAAUACUGAGCGAGAUGCUCCAAUGGUCUGACUCUAUAUAAGGCAGUGCCCUAUGUUCCUAAGUAGGGAUAGCGUUGAUUGCAGAGGGUUCCCUCAGUUACCCAGCAUUUAACUCUGCCACAGUCACCUUGGUGCAAACAAACUGGGUGAGUGAACAGGAGAGUUUUGUGUGCAAGAGGUGAGGAGGGACUGAGCCUGUUGAUUUGGGGGUAAGUUUGUGUUUGAGGCUCUGAUUUGCCCCGGGGGUUGGAUUGGGCCACUCAUCAGUGGUUUAGGCAGUCAGUGCCUAGGCUCCCUUGUGCCCUUGGCAAGGAGACAUGGGUGUAGCCAAGGGGGGACAGCUGCCCCCCAUCAAUAAAAAUCGAUAAAAUACAUAGCAAACUGAGGUUAUGCCCCCUCUAACAAAAGACCUGCCUCCCCCCAACAAAAAUCCUGGCUACACCCCUGCAAGGAGAUGUACUGGUGUGGAGAAGCUCAGUCUUUUGCACCUCCCCUGGGCCUUUGUUGGGGGCCAACCUAGCCAGCCCCCAGGUACACCCCUGGCAGUCACCUGGGGACUAGUGUUGGGUGGGGCAGAGAGGCAGAGCAGCAGGUGUGACCUUGUACAACAGGCUGCAUUACAGCAAUGUAGGACAGAUGUUUCUCAGUGCGCCACUGCCCCACAUCCUCCUUGUAGGCAAGCAAGAGGCAUGGCCACAGUUCCAAGAGCUUCUCCACCCAUGGAUGAGAUAACUGCCAAGGUCCUUUCCAACUCUGAAAGUCUGUGGGAGGAAUUCUGAUCCUUCUGUUGGUGCAAGUAUUUCUGCUUGCCAGAGAGAAUGAAUCUCCCUGUGUCCUGUUCUGGGGGUUCUGCUCUGCGCUGCAAAGCAGAUUGAGGGGACUCACGAGAGGGGGAGCCCCAUGGCACUGUACUGGCUUCUGCCAGCAGGCCAGGUUGGUUGAAUCCUGUGGUUCUAGGUGCAUGACUGUUGGAGCUUCAUGCCAUGCAUUUGCUUUUAUAGUCACCCCCACCCCCAAAUUAUUAUCUCGCAGGCAUUUCAGUUACUUCCAGUAUUUAAUCUUAUCAAGCAAAUUAGCCUGUGCUUGGCCUUGGCUUUCAUUUUUACACCUGAUCAGUCACUGAUAAUAGCAUGAAGAGCUGCUGGAAAUCUUCCCAUGAUUUGCCUGGUGUUUGCUAUAUCCUGCUUUAUGGUCAUUGCUCCAUCUUAUCUCCCCUUUCCUUAUCCCAGCCUUCUUUCCUUUUGAAACUAACUUUGCACAAAUGCCAAAACUUUUCCACUGACGGGGAGCUCUUUUCCAUCUUGCAGAAUUUUGUCUAUUCUAAUAUGCCUACUUCACACAUUUGGGGAGUUUCUGGAUCAAAGUUAUUGAUGGGUAUAUGGAGGCAAUUCCAUGGUGGUGGUGGUGUUGAUAAAACCAAACACUUCCAAAUUCCAGAGGAGUGUGUGCAUGUUGCAUGUGUGUGAAAGAGGGGUUGGGAGUGUGGGGAAGGGAGGCAGGAAACUAUGAGGAGUAAACUGAAGGGAAAGGGAAAGGGAAAGGGAAAGAAAGUGACAACUCAACCACUCUCUUGUAAAGCACAUCUUGCAGGACCCCUCAAUUCAUCUUUCCUGGUUUUGAAGUUUGCAAACCACUGAAACUCCAAAGCUGAACACAGAGCCAGUGAUCAGACUGUAGCUUGAACUCUGGCCCACUCAAUCCCAAUGCAGUCCUUGCAGCCAGGGUCAGUUCAUGUGGUGCCUGCUACGACUCCCACCAUCCUUGACCAUCGACCAAGCUGCCUGGGGCUGAUGGGAGCUGGAGUCCAAGAACACCUGGCAGCCACCAUGUUUGCUCCCCUUGCAUGAAGCAUUGCUCUGGAAUUUAGUUCCUCCAUGUAGAGCUGGCACAAUCUGCUGCCUGAAACCCUGGAGAGCCACUGCCAGUCAGUGUGGGCAACGCUGAGCUAGAUGGGCCAGUGGCCUGACUCAGAGUGAGGGAGCUUCCUGUGCCCCCCUGGUUCUGUGCUCCCUUCUCCUCCUCCCCUCUUCCUCUCUUGCCUGUAGGUUUCCUUGCUUGCUGCCAUUGCUACUUGUUUGCUGAGCCUUCCCUGAUCCCCACCCACUGCUCUUGGCCACUUGUGGAGUGGCUCUUUUUAGCAUUUUAUUAUUAUUAUUAUUUUGCUUUGCCUGCUUAGGUCGGCUUGUUCUCAGUUAGCCUUCAAGAGAAGUCUCUGCGGUGUUUGUCUGUCUCUUCCUGCAAGGUGCCUGGUGGUGCUGGAUGGGAUCCUGACUUCCUCCCCCCCCCCUCCCCUGGGGCUCAUAUAACAAGAGAGUAUCACUUCUGCCUGAGUUAUUCCAGACAUUUAAAUAAUCAGCCACUUUCUAAGGGGCAGGAGUGAUCCGUCAGUGGCUAAUUGUGCUCAGCAGCAAGUCAAACAGAUGUUCCCCUCCUGACAGGCCCUGAAAGGGAGGGGCUGCUGGGGAGGCUUGCUUUGUAGGAGGGAGGCAGCGGCUUCUGUGGCAUGAGCAGAGGUCUUCGUGUCUGCAGGUGACAGGCACAAAGCCACUCAAGCUUAGUGUGAUGGAACGGCUGCUUCCUACGGCACCCUCUGCCGGGAGGUGAAAUGUGCAGAAACUCCCAGUCCACCACGGACACCCCCAUUCCUUCCCGCCCAGUGUGGGAAAUUCUGCACAGUCCCAGAGGGAAAGAGAGGCUCCCACAUGCUCUGGCAUCUCAGCAAUGUCAGGGGAGGCCGUCCAGAGGCAAGGGAAGGACCCACACUGCAGAUGCCUGAACCACAGGCCAGCAAAAGCUAUGCGCUGCUCUUCCUGCGCACACCUUGCUGAGGCCUCUCCUCCUUCUCCAUUCCCAGCCUGGCCUGCCCCACAAGACAUUCUUUCUGGCAGCAGAGGAGGCACAUGUGAAAUAAGGAUCUGGGUGGGAAGUUGCAGAUAGGGAUGCGAGAAUCAUUUUUACAUUCCUAACAUCCGUCCAAGGCCCUUAGCAGCUCCCUUUCUUUGAGGUCCAGCUCCGAGGGCCUUCAGGUGGUUCCCUCACUGAGAGAAGUGAGGUUACAGGGAACAAGGCAGAGGGCCUUCUCGGUAGUGGUGCCCACCCUGUGGAACACCCUCCCAUCAGAUGUCAAGGAAGACAUCUGAAGGCAGCCCUGUUUAGGGAAGUUUUUAAUGUUUGAUGUUUUAUUGUGGUUUUAAUAUCCUGUUGGAAGCCACCCAGAGUGGUAAAACCGCCCAGAGUAAUAAAUUAUUAUUAUUAUUAUUAUUAUUAUUAUUAUUAUUAUUAUUAUAGCUGCUGGUGCCUCUGUGUUGUGCCCAUCCCUCUCCUUAUGCAGCAUCUCAAGCCUUUGAGCCUGCAGGCAUCUGGUUGGUCACUGGAAGCACAGGGUGCUGGGCCAGCUCUUCUGCAGGCACCCCCUGGGCCCACUCCGUAACUGGCCUCGCUCUUGUCUUGCAGGCCGAGUGCAUGAACUUCGUCAAGAUCCUGCACCUCUUCAACCGGACGCACCUGUAUGCCUGCGGCACUGGGGCCUUCCACCCCAUUUGUGGCUUCGUAGAAGUUGGGCAGCGUGCAGAGGUGAGCCAGGCAUGGAGGUUCAUAGGGUGGUCUCUACUGAGGUGAGCCAGAAUGGCUCGAGCCCCAGGCUCUGCUCUCUGGCCUCUCUUACUGGCACGUCCCUCCUCCCUCUCUCUCCAGGACUCUGUGUUUAAACUGGAGCUGAAGAACUUAGAAGAUGGCAAAGGCAAAAGCCCCUACGACCCACGUCAUGUGGCCGCUUCAGUGCUGGCAGGUAAGGGACCAGGCCCCUCUGCUCAAAAUCUAGUGAUAACUCCCUCCCUCCACCUUGGAUGGCUUUAAAAGAGGAGGGUAAGUUCAUGGAGGGUGGGGCUGUUGGUGGCUACCAGCCACAAUGGUUAUGUUCUGAUUUGAUGGCCGGAGGAAGCAGUGCUUAUGAAUGCCACUUUCUGGAAACCACAGGAGAGGAAAGUGCUGUUGUCACAGGCAUCUGGUUGGCUCCUGUGAGAGCAGGGUGCUGGACUGGGUGGGCCACUGGCCUGAUUCAGCAGGGCUCUUCUUAUAUUACAAUAUAAGAAUAAGAAUACAAUGGUACCUCGGGUUAAGUACUUAAUUCAUUCCGGAGGUCCGUUCUUAACCUGAAACUGUUCUUAACCUGAAGCACCACUUUAGCUAAUGGGGCCUCCCGCUGCCGCUGCACCGCCGGAGCACAAUUUCUGUUCUCAUCCUGAAGCAAAGUUCUUAACCUGAGGUACUAUUUCUGGGUUAGCGGAGUCUGUAACCUGAAGCCUAUGUAACCUGAAGCGUAUGUAACCUGAGGUACCACUGUAUAAGAAUAACAGAGUGAUUGUGUGGGAUGUCCAAUAAAAACACAGCCAGCACUCAACACAGAGCAUACAUUUAAAGAGCAUCCUCUCCACCAAAAGAAUAAUUGGAACUGUAGUUGGAACUGUAAUCCUCAUGGAGCUACAAUUCCCAGCACCCUUUACAGUUCUUUAAACGUAUGGUGUGCAUGCAGCCGUUGUCUCAUCCAAGGACUCAUGAGUCCCUAAAGCUCUUCCGGCAUUUGCCAAGUGGAGACUGCUCUCCAUCUGAUGUUGGAACAGCUUGCAUCAGCCAGCACUACGUGCUGAGGAUGCCACUGCUGGUGUGGCUGGCGGCACAUUCUCUUUUGGCUCCAAGCACCCUCUGAGCAAGGCUCCAGGAAUGGCAGCUGCUGCCUCCCAGCCUGCCUGCCUGCCUGCCUGCCUAGGAGCUUUCCUGCCUUUAAAGAGCAGAGGACGUUUCAGGGGAGACGAAUCCUGCACGGGGUACCAGAGAAAGAGUACCUGGGACAUGUUCCAGUAUACAGAUCCCACGACGAAGCCUUUUAACCUCUGUCUUUUAUCAUUCUGUGGUCGCCAGGUGAAGAGCUCUAUUCUGGGGUGGCUACUGACCUGAUGGGCCGCGACUUCACCAUCUUCCGCAGCCUUGGCUCAAGACCCUCUAUCCGCACGGAGCAGCAUGACUCCCGGUGGCUCAACGGUCAGUGGGGGCAGGGAGCAAGGGCAUCCCAGGGAUGUGGAAAACGGGCUUGGGGCUGCAUAAACAGCAAUUUCCUUGCACUCAUCCUGUUGUCCUUUUUCUAUCUCUGAUGGAUCACUGGUGUUGGGAGUGGGAGAACAUGUUCCUUUAAGUGCCAAGGAAAACUACAGUUCCUUAGGACUCUUGUUGGUUCUGCUUCAGAGUCUCAAUCCCCAGCUGUUUUGUCACUUAUGAAUGGAGGCUGCCAUCUAGUGGCCAGGGCCUGAUUGGCAGCUUCCUGACCACUGCUGACUAACCACCAAGGUAGACAAGAUGCGUUUAGGAUUUCAUCUUUUGUGUUCUUUUACAAAUUAGCAGCCCCACAUGGCUGCAAAGCAGCACUCUGGGAGAAGACCUCUACCCCUUUCCCCUUGUGGCCUUUGAUGACCUGAAUACCUCUCCCAAAUACAUCUGCACCAUGUAUUUAAAGCACAUUUGUACCAUCUUGAGAACUGUAGGUCAUCCUCACAGAGGUGUAAUUCCCAACACCCUUAAACAACCAUUUCCCAGGAUUCUCCAGGGGAAGUCAUGAGCUUUAAAUGUGUCAUGUGGCAAAGUCUUCUCUGGACAGUGGGGAGAGAGAGGGUCCGUCUGUGUUUCCGCCUCCUUUACCCUGUGGGAGUGAAAAGCAGCUUCAGAGGAUGAUGGUGGUGAUGAUUACAAUAAAAAAGCAGGGGAAGAUUUAACAACCCCCACCCCAUUGUGCCUCAGUCAGAUUCCCCAUUACACUCAUGGGAAAGGGGCAGAGUAUAUUCUUUCGCCUGCAGAAGGUUCCAGAUUCAAUUCCUAGCAUCUGCAGCUAAACACAGAUGGAGAACCUCCUGCCCACCAGCGAGCCUGGUGGUUCCAGACUGGUCCAGGAAGCCAUUUUUACUUAAACCACGUCCACCUGUCAGCCUGGUGAUGUCAGUUCUGCUGGGUUGGCUGCAAGCAUUGGCUCCUCCCAUGGGAAAUGGGUGCUCAUAGCCAAUCCCUGCAGAAAGCAGGAUCGAAGGUCAGGUGUGCAAGGGAAGUUCCCUUUAGGAACUUGUGUACCUGGAGCCUUCAGAAAGCAGGCUUGCUUCCCUGCCCCAUGGGCCAACUUUGACUCAUCUAUUUAACAGCUGGGUAAUCCAUCCACCUGUCAAUGUUGGACCAUGGGAUGGAGGGGGGAGUUAAAGAUAUGGCCAAAAAGAUAAGGGAGGAGGUGACAAUAGAUCAGUGGUCUGACUUUGCAUGAAGCAGCACAGUGCUGCUCUUUGCAUUUUUUUCUUAAGUGGAAGACCAUUAUGUUCCCUCACAUAAUGUACAAUUUCCCACCUCUUUGCUUUGGCAUUGAUGUUCUCCCACUUGUCUGCCCCCAAGAGCCCAAGUUCAUUGAUGUUUUCUGGAUCCCGGAGAGUGAGAAUCCUGAUGACGACAAGAUCUUCUUUUUCUUCCGGGAGACAGCAGUGGAAGGAGCCCAGGGACUGGGCAAGCAGACCUUCACCCGCAUAGGCCAGAUUUGCCGGGUGAGAGCUCUGUGCUUCUCGAGUCCAGUGCUAAGGAUUGGGCAAGGUCUGGUCAUGUUGCCACCAGUCAGGCAGGUUAGGGCAGGUAUCUGGGUGCCAGCCCAACACUUGGGCUGAGUGGCGGCCCAGUUUCAGCGUACAUCCAUGUGCCUGCUUGUAUGAGAGAGCUGCUCUCUCAGCUCUGCCUCUGCCCUGUGGCAAAGCAUUAGGGUCCACCCCAUUCUUAGGGCUUCCUGCACUUCAGCUUAUUGAGCCCCUUGCUGAGCCUUAGGCCAGUUCUCCAUGUGGAUCUUGCUCUGUGGAGGUGGACAGCAGCUACUGGGCAGCUGAACUGGGACACUGGCUGGAAGGAGUCUGUUAUGGCAGGAGUGGGGCUCUAGCAGCAGUGAGGGAAAAGGGUUUUUGGGGCAGAGGUCUAGGGCCCCAUUCAGCAGAAUGAGCAGGGGGGCAAGUGUAGUGAGGCAUUUCGAAGUAAGUGAACUAAUACACAUUAUCAUCUAAGAGGGUUCUCACCCACAAGACCAUGGGGGAAAUCCGGAGUCUAAAAUGUCCUACGUGCACUGCUGUCCCAGGCUACCUCUCUGAUAAGCCUCUCUUCCUCUCUCUGCAGAAUGACAUGGGUGGGCAGAGGAGCCUGGUGAACAAAUGGACAACAUUUCUGAAGGCCCGGCUGGUGUGCUCGGUGCCCGGCAGCGAUGGGAGUGAUACGUACUUUGACCAGCUCCGUGAGUGACUGUGGCUGAUUGAGGUCUGGUCUGGCAGGGGGAGGGGGCGGCGUAGAUAAGUGGCAGAACACAGGCAUUUUGCACGCAGAAGGUCCCAGGUUCAGUCCCCAGCAUCUCCAGGUGGGACUGGGAGAGACUCCUACCUGAAACUGGAGAUCCACCUUGACAGAGAAAACUGUGCAAAAGCUACAUGUUCUAGAAUGUAGAAAGUGAUGCAUUUACCCACAUACAUGCACAUAGGCAGUCAAAACAUGGACAGUUUUAAAAACACAUGACUUUGAAGAAAUAGCUUGUGAUUAUUAUAAUAUUUUCUAUGAAGACAUUACGUUGUUCAAAUCCUAAGCAACCAUUCAUAUUCUAAAGCAAAACAGAUUUCCACAUUUUUAGUUACAUUUUUUGUCCCAUGCAUUUAUAUCUUCCAAAUCUCAACCAAAGAACAUCAUUUCGUUUGAAAAGUGCCAGUUUGCAAUCCAGCUUUGUAGAAUUAGGCGUAGGUUGCUUUUUGACCCAUUGCAGCCAAAUCCCAAGUUUUAACACCUGAUGGACUUGUGCCCUUAUAUACAUGUUUUUCAUAUUUUAUACAUUUGGAUAAAAAAUGCACAUGAAUUGUUUUGAAUGUUCUUAAUGUAUCCACAUUGGGCUCCUCCAGACUGGUUUGGGUUUCUUUGGAGUUGUAUGCUGCAACGUAUGUAAUACACUAGUCCCAGGUCAGGUUACAAUAAUGCGAUUAUGGCACAACAAAAGCCAGACAACUCCCCACCCACCAAUUUCAGCAGGAAGCUCUGGUACCUGUACCCAUUGGAAAUGUCCAUCUUGAAAUGUUUGCAGGUGCAAACGGUAUUGAAAGCGGAAUCAUGUAGAACUGCCCUGAUGCCAAUGUGAGCAAAGCGCAUCAUAAAUGCAAACUAGAAAGGGCUUUUGGGGGAGCUCCAUUGUGUGAUGGCUAAAUAGAUAAACAAAACAAAUCUGAACUGCUGUCCUUAGAGGACAACAAUAGUAUUUAUUUAUUUAUUUAUUUAGGCAGGCAUGCAUGCAACUUGCGGUGUUCUGUUCUGUUUUGUUUAAUUGGUGUUAGUGCCUGAUCACUGCCAGUGUGUCAGCAGAGAGCAGUGGUGGAGGCUUAAUUUAUCUCUCCCUAUUGGGGGUGGGGGGAGGUUAGAGAAAGGUUCACUUUCUAGCUAGAGUAUUCUCCUGUGGCUGGGGAAGGGAUUGCCAUGCUCCAGGUGGAAGACUGCAGGCCAGUGACUCCUUUUCUCCUUCUCUCUCUUCCUUUGCUUGGUCUCUCUUCAGAUGAUGUAUUUUUGCUGCCAACCAGAGACAAGCGCAACCCUUUGCUGUAUGCUGUUUUCACCACCUCCAGGUAAGGAUAAUGGUGGUUUCCUCCACUUUCAGCCGGGUUUCCUUUUCCCAAGAGGCUGUAAAGGUAAUGUCUGACCUUCUGGGAAAUGUCCCCCCAGACAUAUUGGAGGGUGUGGGGUGGAGACACCAUUCACCUGGUUAUUCCUACCCUAAUGCUUCUCUGUGGUCUGCUCCCACAGCACCGUCUUCAAGGGCUCUGCUGUCUGUGUCUACCAUAUGAGUGACAUCCGCAGAGCCUUCUUGGGACCUUUUGCUCACAAGGAAGGGCCAAACUAUCAGUGGGUAUCCUACCAAGGCCGGGUCCCUUACCCCCGCCCAGGAAUGGUACGUGCCUUGGACUUGGGGUGAUGAAAUGAAGCAAGGUUCAAACUACUUAGAAACCAUUUGGCAGGCAAGCGGUAUAUAGAAUUCAAUAGUAAUGAUAAUAAUAAAAAAUAACAAGGGUGCUUGUUGAUGUAGAGAUGUGGGAACACCCAGAACAAUAUGUUUGGAGAGCUCUUGGCUAGAUGGAGAGAAGAGCGGGUUGAAAUGAGGAAAUGGGCUGGGGGAGGAUGGGGAUUUCUGGGCCAGGAUUGUGGGGUACUGACAGUAUUCUAUGAAACUUCAGGGCUUCAGAAAACUAAGGAAAUUAGGGCAUUACCAGAGCUGCCUGGAAAGGUAGUGGGGGAUUAAAGGUAGGGUGUGAUUGGACUGGAAAGGGAGUUACGUGGGGUGCAUGGAGGUCUGUGAUGUGGUGUUUCUAGGAGUAGAUGGUUUUUACAUGCCUGGGCCUUCAACUCUGUCUCUCUCUCUCUUUCUCCCUCUCUGUCUCCCUCUCUCCUUCUCUCCCUCUCCCCUUCAGUGUCCCAGCAAAACCUUUGGCACAUUUAGUUCCACCAAGGAUUUCCCCGAUGAUGUGAUUCAGUUUGCUCGCAACCACCCGUUAAUGUACAACUCAGUGUUGCCACAUGGCCAGCGACCCAUCUUCCUGCAGACCAACGUGGGCUACACCUUCACCCGCAUCGCAGUAGACCGAGUGGCUGCUGCUGACGGCCACUAUGACGUCCUCUUCAUUGGCACAGGUGUGUCUGCACGCCUCCCCUUCUGAUAUGCCUUCCAAGUUCCCUUCUGCUUCUUAAAACAGCAUGCUAGGAUGCCCACAGUUCAAGGGUCAAAAUGUGCAUUCUGGCGACCAACUCUAGGUAACCCUUAGCUCACUCCUUGUAGAGCACUCCCUCCAGAUGUGUAUGUAGGGCAGCAGUAAGGCACCUCAGGCCCUCUAGGUAUCUCUACACAGCCCUCAGGACUUUUCCCUGGCCUACUUCUUGCCCUGCUUGAGUUCUUUUCCCUGACUGGAAUAUAUCCUUGAGCGGUGAUAAUUUACAAUAGAAGAUGAUGUGGCUACACAGGCAUGGUUCAAUUUAGGGCCUCCUUUGGCUGCUGUUAACUUUAAAAUGUGUGUGCAUACACACAGAGGAGAUGCUGUUCAUUGAUCUCCCGCCUUGUUUCUAAUUGCACAGUCACUGUGUGUAGUGAAACGUUAUAUGCUUUCAGCUAGAACCCUAGUCCUGUUGCCUUUGCCUCCCCCAAUCCUGUUGGCCACAUUCCCGCUUUCAGCUGGUGCACUGAAAGCUUUGAUUUAGCAUAAGAUCAAAGGAGACUGGAAACAAGAUCCCUAAAGGGACCAGCUUAAGUGCCCCAAAUCCUUGGAAACUUGGCACAUUUUGUUGACCUCAUCUCUUUUGUAUGAACCAAAUUGCCUGGCUUUCAGCUCUUCUUGCAUGGCGUCUCUGUGGCUUUGAGAAAUCUUUCCAGGGGGAGGCAAAUAACAGUUCUACAGAGCUACCUUUGGAACUUGGGAAGCAUCUGCCUGCCCGCCUGCAAAUCCCCCUUUUGUUGUGCUAAAUUGUCCCACUUGCCUGGCAGACAUUGGCACUGUCCUGAAGGUCGUCUCUGUGCCCAAGGAGAGCUGGCAAAACAUGGAGGAGCUGCUGCUGGAGGAGCUGCAGGUGUUUAAGGUGAGUGUGAGCGAAAGGGGAAGGCUGCCUUAGCUGAAGCCAAGCACAACUGUGCAAUGAAAGGACUGUGAUGUCCACUCAGGGGCUCCAUCUGGCCUAAACAUUUCAGAGUUUUCCCUGAAUGCUACAGAAGCUUAGAAUGUGAUUUGGCACUCAUGUCCUGCUUGCAGGUUUCCUGUAGUUUGGCCACUGUGAGAACAGGAUGCUGGACUAGGUGGGCCUUUGCUCUGACCCAGUAGGGUUCUUCUUAUGCCCGUCUUGUAUAAAACUCUGAUGGUGGCCACAGUCUUCAGGGCUUCACUUGAGAAACAGAGACAGUAACCUGGGUGCCGUGGGAAAGUGCUUGGAUUCCUGAUUGCAUAGGAGCAAUCCUUAAGAAGAAGAACUGGGAUACUGAUUGCCUGUCACCAACUCGGUCACACCGCAAUUCCUUUUUCUCAUUGGCAGGACUCCUCUCCAGUUACAAGCAUGCAGAUCUCCUCCAAGCGGGUACGUCGUGCAGCAGAAGAGCUUUGGGGGAGCCAUGGCGUGGGAAUGUGAAGAGGGAGGCAAUGCAGAGAUGACUUCUGCAUUACAGUUGGGGAGAGAGCUCAGCAGUGGGAGAUUAUCUGAACAGAGCCUGGUAUUCAUACAGAUAGAUGCUUCCAAGUAAGAGAGUCUAUCAGAGGUCCUCUGAUGAUGAGGCUGUCCCACCUCCUUCAAGACACCCUGUCCCAUCCAUCUGCCCUGUGGUUGGUUUAAGUAGGGUUGCCACAUGUCCAGAUUUUCCCAGACAUAUCCGGAAUACUGCAGUCGGCAGCAGUGUCCGGAUGGAAAUCGAUAAAAUGUCCAGGAAAAUCUGAAUAUAUGGCAGCCGAUGUCAGCAGUGCUGCCGUUUUUCUAUUUCAGUUCUCUUCCUUCCAUCAACAAGUGUCAGGCCACUCUAGAUUUCUCCAUGGUCAAGCUAGCAGUUCUCAUGCUUUUCCAGUGAGAGCUCUGGGCUUCUUUCUCUCUGGGAAAGCCUCAUACCCACCUCUUUUGGACUGUGGUGUCAGAGAGGCCAGAAUCAGGUGUAAUACUAAGGCAAGCAGCAGAAGACAUUGACUUGGCCUUAAUAGGACUGUGUGGCUUUGUCUCCUAACAGCAACAGCUCUACAUUGGCUCCAGGACUUCUGUUUCCCAGCUGCCCUUGCACCGCUGUGGGAUCUAUGGCAAAGCUUGUGCUGAAUGCUGCCUGGCUAGAGAUCCAUACUGUGCCUGGGAUGGGACUACCUGCACUCGCUACAUGCACAACACCAAAAGGUAUGGUAUGACUGCGGGGCUUUCUUGAGGGCAGAGUGGGGCAGAGAGUGAUAAUGGAGCCUGCCUGUUGUCUCUUGGGCCACCUACCCUCUUGCUGCCAGCCAGCUGUGAUCUGGUUUGGUGGGAGAUUUCCCCCCCCAUCUCUUGUUGGCUUGCCUCGAGCAGUGCCCAAAGGGACACAGACCUACAUCCUGACAGCAUCCCCGUAUGCAGUCUUGGCAUGGCCACUGUCCACUCUUGCCUGCUUAAGAGCCUGCUUCUCCUCUGAGGCCAUAGGACAGAUGCUGCUGAUACCAAGAUGUGGGAAGGAAAUAGCUCCCGGCCACUACAUUCAGCUGGAUCUGUCUAUCCAGGAGCGGUACUCUCCAGGUUGCCCAGGAUGUGCACUGUAGGAUGUCAGUUCUAAGAUGUUGUGACUAGAACCCAAGCAGGACAAGAGCAAUCUUGCUACACAGCCCCUCUGAGGAGAACAUUUGUCUCCAGGGAAGCCACACAUCCCAGCCCACCUCAAAAGUAACUGUAUUUUUCGCUCUAUAGGACGCACUGGACCAUAGGACGCACCGGACCAUAGGAGGGGGAGAACAGGGGGAAAAAUUAUCCCCCUCUCUGCUUAGCGCCCCUUCAGCGAAGCAGCAGGAGAAACGGAGCCCCUUCCAUUUCUCCUCCCGCUUUGCUGAAGGGGCGCUGUGCAGCUCUCCCUCUCUGCUGAAGCCAGGAGAGUCUUGCUCUCCCGGCUUCAACAAAAGGAACCCAAAGCCUUCGGAGCACAGCGUGAGCAAAAGGAACCCAAAGCCUUCGGAGCACAGUGGAGAGCGAGACGGGUCGGUGCGCACAGACCCCUCUCGCUCUCCAGGCUUCAGCGAAAGCUACGCGAAGCCUCUGGAGCGCGGAGGGAGCGCUCCCUCUGCGCUUCGGAGGCUUUGCGUUGCUAUCGCUGAAGCCAAGUAGCCUGCAUUCGCUCCAUAGGACGCACACACAUUUCCCCUUAAUUUUUGGAGGGGAAAAAGUACGUCCUAUAGAGCGAAAAAUACGGUACAACACACACUGCUUUUGAUCCUGAUCAACCUUUCUGUGCUCUCUCACUCUCCCUCUUCUUGCAGGCGGUUCCGGCGUCAGGAUGUGCGAAAUGGGGAUCCCAAUGUGCUCUGCUUUGGAGGUGAGUGCACUUGGACCCUACACUCUGCAUCAUUCAUGCCCAAUUUGGUGUGUCCACCAUCACCAACAAUGUAAGACGUAGCAUGGCCUCAGGCUACUGCACUGAAUUAGUUCUAGAUGCAGUGGAACGUGUGCCUUCCCACCCUCAGCACAUAUGCACGCAUGUACUCUCUUCUCUCACACCUGGCGUACAAUACUGAAUGCCAGAACCAGAGGAGCACUGAGAAAACAUGAAUUCUGCUCAGUGCCCUACUAUCCUGUCCCCACGAUUAAAAAAGAAAAAGAAACGGCGCACUCAGCAGCAAGUGUUCCUCAACUUUCAAAUUACUGCAUGGAAAGGGAAUUGGACCCUAGAAGAAACUAAAUUCACACUCAUUCAUUUAUCCAAAAUACACUGAGCACAGCUGCACAUACAAUCUUUCUUUCAUUACAACUGUCUUCAGAGCUUAGUUGCUCACUUAAGAAUAGAUUCUGUUAAAUAUAGCCAGGACAGCAUCCUGGAUCCAUAGAUUGUUCCCUCAAAACGCACCCCAUUUUGUAGCCAGCUUGGACUUCUGUUUAGAUUUCUUCAUGCCUUGCUUCAGCUCUGGCCUCAGCACAUCCCUGUGUGUUCGUUGUCCUGCCCAUAUCUCUGUGCUGAGAUUAACAGAUGACCGUAUUGAGCUCUCACAACUUCUGUGCAGAUCCCCAGCGAAGCAGCGUCCCAGAAAAGAAGUUAUAUGGAGUGGAAGGCAGCAGCGCUUUCCUGGAGUGCCUCCCUAAGUCACUGCAGGCCCAGGUUGUGUGGACGUACCAGAAAAGCAGCAGCGCCCCCCGGAAGGAGGUAGGAGCUUGGCUGCUGUGUGCACCUAGACCAGGGGCACCAAACGUUUUAGGCCAGUAGGCACAUUUUGAAUUUGGUUGUGGGUUCCAGUCACAAAACAGCUGCUGCCAUUGAUGGCAAAAGACAUGCACAUUGCCACUGCCACACACAAUCACAUAGAGAAGCUCUUUGUACUUCUCCUCUGUUCAGAGUGGAAGGAAGGGUGUCCUAUCCUGGCAUCCAACGAAAGGUGCCUGCCCAUGUUUAAGAGGCGUAUUCCACGUAGGAGUGGCUGAGCCAGUGCAAACAGGAACUAAGCAGGGAAAAACAAACAGCCUCUCAUGCAUUGUGGAAUUUUGAGCAGAUCUUUGCCGAAAACUUUCGCGGGUAUCAUAGGAGGGUACCAUCAGGAACACCCUGGCACCUGGGAGUGCUAUGUUGGUGACCCCUGAUACAGAAAUAUAAGAGAGAAUGAGAAACAAAGCUGGCAGAAUCUAGAGUGGCUGGGGAAACCCAGCCAGAUGGGUGGGGUAGAAAUAUUAAAAUUAUUAUUAGUAGUAGUAGUAGUAGUUUUACUUUCUCAAGCUACCUCAGCCUCCCUUUGGUUCUAAACCUCCUGGUAUCAUAAGUAUCUUUUUUGCCUCUGUGAUUCUAUGAAUUCUGUAAUCAUUCAAUCAAUCAGUUAAUUAAUAAGGCAGGCACGCUGGCCUCCACUUCUGCACAUUCCCUUCAGCAGAUUCUUCCUCCUUCAGUGCAGGCCCCACUGCUUAUAGCAGGGACCUGUCUCCAAGCAGAUACCUAGGAUUUGUUUAAUUAAUUUAUUUAACCAUUUAUAUGCCUGUAAAGGUAAAGGUAAAGGUACCCCUGCCCGUACGGGCCAGUCGUGUCUGACUCUAGGGUUGUGCGCCCAUCUCACUUAAGAGGCCGGGAGCCAGCGCUGUCCGGAGACACUUCCGGGUCACGUGGUCAGCGUGACGAAGCUGCCGCUGGUGAGCUAGCACCAGCGCCGCACACGGAAACGCCGUUUACCUUCCCGCUAGAAAGCGGUACCUAUUUAUCUACUUGCACUUAGGGGUGCUUUUGAACUGCUAGGUGGGCAGGAGCUGGGACCGAAAGACAGGAGCUCACCCCGCCGCGGGGAUUCGAACCGCCGACCAUGCGAUCGGCAAGCCCUAGGCGCUGAGGUUUUACCCACAGCGCCACCCGCGUCCAUUAUAUACCUGUGGAUCACAGUAAAACAUCAGCCCUGACCACUGGUCCUGUUAGCUAGGGAUGAUGGGAGUUGUAGUCCCAAAACAUCUGGAGGGCCAAGUUUGGCCAUGCCUGCAAGUGGUUUGCAAGAAAUAUUUUAAUUAUCAGAGAGUUUUGAAACAAUUACAAACAUUUAAAAACAGUUAGAAUUAACAUUAAAGGCAAUUAAAAUAUGCAAGCAUCUGUGUGUCUUACUGUUGAUGGGGCCAUCCUCCCUUCUGGUUCUUGAAUCAUUAUUCCUGCCUGUCCCAUCUCAAUUCCUCACCCCUACUGAUGACCUCUCACCAAUGCUAUCCCUUUUCUCUGGCCUUACUAACCUGCAGGUGCUGUUGGAUGACCGGGUCAUCAAGAUGGAGCGGGGGAUCCUGUUGCGCAACGUGCAGCGCAAAGAUGCUGGCCUCUACCACUGCCACGCCACGGAGCACGGCUUUACCCAGAGUUUGCUGCACCUCCAGCUUGAAGUGAUCCAUGCCCAGCAAGCCGACUUGCUCUCCGUCUCCCGGGAAGAGGAGCCUGCGCAGCCCUUCCACCGCAAGCUCUGGUACCAAGAUUUCUUGCAGCUGGUGGACCACCCCAACCUCAGUACCAUGGACCAGGUAUGUGAGCAGCUGUGGAGCCGCAAGAGCCACCAGCCGAAGAAGAAGCCGCCACUACCCCCUCCGCUCAGCGUCAAGGCCAAGAGCCACAAGUGGAAGCAACUGGAGGACAAGCGGAAAGGCCGCAGCCGGAGAACACACGAAGUGCCCCGUGCGGAGAGGGGGCCCCGGAGCACUGACAUCUGGUGACCUGCAUGGAGUGCAGCUGGACAACCAACCUCUAUGCUGGGGAGCAGGGUGGGCGUGUAGGGAAAGGGGUGGGAGAGAGGAUGCCGGACCAUGGUUUGGUGGAGAGGGCUUCCUUUCCAUCCUCCUGGCGGCCGCUUCAUACGUAGUUUGUAGGGGGGGUGUUGUCAUCAUAGCAACUUAGCUGCCAUUCUUCAGAACUUGGUGCGAAGCAACAGAACCCGACAGGAGAGGGUGGCUUCUGUAGCCCUCGCCUCUUCCGUAACAUACAACCAAAGAUGGUGGCAGCAGUCUCGAGGGACCAAAGGAACCAAGUUAUUAUGAUAUUCUGCGCAGUGGGAAGUAAACCAGACAGGAUACGCCAGGAGUUGUGGUCCCCUUUUUCUUACCCUCAAGGAUCUGCUGACUGUCAAGAUGUAAUUCUGGGGCUGAGGAGCCUUCUAGCUCUGGAGCGUCUGUUCAUGCUCAGAAUCUUCCUCUGAAGAGGACAGUCCCCCGACGCAUCCCUCUGUCUUGAUAGGCAGGGUGCCUACCCCGUUUCCUCUCGCUUCCAUAACCAAACCAACUUGCCUUGUGCGCAUAAGUGUAGCAAUGUGCUCUCCCCCUCCAGAGACACUACAGAACCACUGAUGUAUUUAUUAACAGAUUGUUAACUGAUGAAUGUAAAUCCACCACCAGGUGGCCCACCAGCAUUUAGCCUCCCACUGAAGGGACAGGGCUCCUGUUGCCCAAAGGAUUGUGGGUACACUUCUGAAAUGUUUUGGAUGUGCAUGUGGCAAUGAUGAUGGUAACAGAGAUGAGGAACCGUGGCAUAUCUCCUACGUUCUCAGAUCUAUAUUUUAUAUGGCCCUUAGGGGAUUCUUCAUCAGACUGAGACCCCCUCAAGUGGCAGGGCCGUAACAGAAAGGCAGUUAACACACUGGUAAAAUAUUGAAGUUGAGGCCCUGUCAUGACACAAGGAUGUUUGUAGGGUCAUGUUGAGCAGUGGAGGUGUCUGUCUGUCCUUUCUUUGAAGGUUAUUGCCAGAAGAAUGAUGGCCAACCAAGGUUUGUUCCCUGCUUUGGUCUGCUCUGGGGCCCAAGUCACCAGCCACAACCCAUCAGGAGCAAUAUCUAAAAGAGUAGCCCAGACCUCCCCUUCUCAAUCUGUUUUGGGCCAUAUCUUCCACCUUCUCUUGGCCAUGUUGACUGGGGGUGAUGGGAGUUGUAGUCUAAACCAUUUGUAGGGCACCAUCUUGGGAAAGCCUUGGCUAGACCAAAUGAGGACACUCAUUUUGAAUUCUUCAUUUUGGGAGUGCCUUGUGAGGCACCUCUGUGGAGUGCCCAGAAAGGUGUAGUCAUGCAGAUGAAGCUCAUCUGUCCCUUAGAUAUGCUGGGGAGGUGCUGAUCUCUGUGUUGCUUCCUGUUCUGUAGAAAAACAGGAGGUUUCAGUCUGAAGGGAGGUGGAGGUGUUGGCCUGAUAGAGGUAAUGCAGUCUUGUCUUGGAUUAUGAUUUGGGCGGCAAGGGUCUGAGAUAGAUAGAUCUGCUCUGAUUUAAGAUAUAUAAGCUGUUUCUGUGGUGUCUGAAACAUUAGAAAGGGGUGAUAUCAGCACUACCUAGUCAAGCUGAAAGUCGCUGUCCAAUGAAACAGAAAGUGAGACUGGAGCCCACCAUCUUCAAGAACAGAGUAGAACCAAUGGUUAGUUAUUAAAUUCACAGUUCACAUCCAGUAAAAGGAAACCUGGCUUACAGAGUUCUCAACAGCCUGUUCUGUACCAUUUUUUUAGUGCAAACUGCCCCUAAAUGGUCCUGCCAGUGAGGAAUUUUACAGCUUCUUUAAAAAAAAAUCAUUGUUUUGCCUUUUAUUUCCCUUUACUUUUAGAGUAGCCUACUGCCAUGGCACCAGGUUGUCCCUUUUGCCUAUGUAGGGUAAAAACUUUCUCUAUAAUACAUGGACGUUAGAACUAAUCAGAGAUAUUUUACAAAUAGAUUCUGCUACAUUGUCAUUCUACUUAGGGUUGCCAUAUGUCCUCCUUUUCCAGGAAACAUCCUCUUUUUCAUGGCUGUGUAAAAUGAGUGUCGUCACAGUGAUCCAUAGUUAAAAGGUGAAGUCGGCAAAUGUGUCCUCUUUUUUGCUCUUCAGAAUAUGGCAGCCCUAUCUACACCUCCCUCCCCACUUUACCAGGCAAAAUUGCUGAUUUAAAUUGGAACCAAUAUCCCACAUGUACAGGUCUUUUAAGGUUGUUUUAAGAACACUUUUUGCAGUAUUGUAAGCUACACCACAGACUGUGUGGAGCUGUGUGGUGAGGGAUAAAUGGCAAAGGAGAAGCAAAUCAAGCUUAUCACAUGAUUCCAGAGUCUUUGGUCUACCCAAAAAUGGACUUGGAAAUGUAGUUUUCAGAGAGCGCAGAGAAAAUGACAAUUCCUGGCAUGCCUGGCACCAGGCUCAGAGUGAUAGCAGCACCAAUACCAUGUGCUGAAGGAAGGAGGAGAGACCUACCCCCCUCGUCACUACCAGAGCUGCAGAAGCAGCAGCGAGGUUGACACUUCUGUGAAUGAGAGAAUUUGAAGGCUCAGCCGGGGGAUAGGUUAGGGGAGGGAUUUGACCAUGUUGGGCCUUCAGCUGGGAGCUGUCUGUGGACAAACGGCCUGAAAAGCGAGAUGAACGCCACACCCCAUAAUCACCUUUGACCAGACUUAACCAUCCAGGAGUCCUUUACCUUUUACCUCCCCCCCCCCAACUUAGGGUGUCUAAGUGUAGUCAUAAUAAGCUAGUAGCAUAAGAACAGAAGAACAAUCCUGCUGGAUCAGGCCAGUAGCCCACCUAGUCCAGCAUCCUUUUCUCACAGUGGCCCACCAAAUGUCUGUGGGAAGUCUGCAAGUUGGACCUGAAAUCAACAGCACUUUCCCCAUUUGUUAUGCAGUGGGGGCAGCUACUUUUAAACCUAGAUUAUUUCCCUAGUUAAAAGCAUCAAUCACCAUCCUGAAACACUGUGGAUGAAACCCAGCUAUUUGGCAGGUAUAACUUUUUGUUCCCCACUCCUUCCAUUUGUUUCCUCUCUUCCCGUGUCUGGGAGGAAAAGAUAUAUUGAUCAUGAAAACCCCCAUUUGGAACCUCAGCAUUUUGGCCAUUAAGGUUUCCAUACUGAAGAAAGAGGCAUCGGACUAACGUCCUUGGCAACUAAUUAUUGUUUUACCUUAUGUAUCUUAUCUGUUGAACCUAUGAUAAAUUCUAAAGGAAAUAGUAGCAGCGAAAAUAAGUGUGCAGAGUUGCUGGACGCUAGGCAUAGAUGUCAGCCAAGGUGGCCUGUGGUGAGUUAACCCAGCCUCAAUAGCGACUGGGUCUACUUUUAAGACAUGCAGCAAGAGUGCUGGAUCCAGUGUGGUUGGAAUAUAUUAACACAAUAAAGCAGUUUUAACUUUG